GCAGCUAAUCUAGGAGAUAUGACGUCACAUGCACCCAAAAAAAAAAGGGUGGGGGGGAGGAGGAGGUGUGGAAAGGAAGGAUGAAGCUGAACAGAGUUUUGGAGGAGGACAAAAAAAAAAAAAGCAAGGCAUCCCCAGGCAGAGGGAAGUUCACUUUAUACAGAAUUCCAUCGGCUCCAAGGAAUCUGGCUGGGUUUAACUUUUUUUAAAGCACUUUUUUUCCCCCAAGAUAGUCUAGUUACAAUUUGAUGCCUGAAGCUCAUUUAUCCCUCUGUAUUUUGUCAGGAACUCCUUUAUUUUUAAAAUGAUCCCGUUCUCAACGUUGCGGGCAGAGAAGGUUGCCGCCAGACCCAUCACGCUGUGGACUUUGCUCUGGGUUAUCUUCUGUGGAUGUCUGCUGAGUGAAGCCACCCCACACCUCACCUACCACAAACCUAGCCAGAAGGGCAAGUAAGUUACACCCAGUACUCUUCACUGACUUAAUUCUUCAACUAAUUCAGCAUGGACCAGUUAGAUUCAUGGACUAGAGAUAGGGGGACUUGACUGAGGGUGUUUAGAGUGGUAGUUGACCUUAAAUUGAAACAUUACAGUAUACUCGCUUUCAUGUGUGGAGGGUGAGGAGGAGAUCCUUAUCGUGUAUGUACAUCUGUAUAGGCUUUGGCCAAACGUGUUUAGUGAUAAUGGGUGGAGAAUUUAAACCUUUAUAGGAUUACAAUGUGAAAAAGUGUCCUGGGUCUCUGAAAUCUGUAAUAGAAGCAGGGGAUUAGCCUGUACAUGUGUAUCCAGUACUAAGGAUAAGGGUACAGACAGACACCCAGGUAGCUUCUGGGAUACAAAAUAUAAUGUAAGAAUCCAUAGGUUGAGUUUAAAUUGUGUAGACUUGUUAAGUUCCUGGGCUCUGUCCAUUGAUGUCUAUUGUCUAAACUAGUCCUGCUUUGGGGAUUAACAGAUGGAAACAAUAGUUACACCGCCCUUAAACUGAACUCUUUGAGAAGUACGCAAUACAUUGUGCUUUGCUAUCUCUUUCACAAUAUCCUGUAUAUUGUAUACUGAUUAGAAGAAUAUUCUCCAUAAACUGCCUGUAUAAUCCAGCUUUAUAGUCUGCAUUAAUGAGCUACUGAACCUAAUGUUUGUUUUGGUUUAUUUUGUAGGAACUGGUGUGCUUAUAUAGUGAACAAAAAUGUGAGCUGCACAGUGAUGGACGGAACAGAGAGUUUUAUUCAGCCUCAGUACAAAUGUGCCUGGAACCAGAUGCAUUGUCAGCCAAUAAUGGUGUAAGUAACAGUGCAAUCACUGGGUGGGGAAGCUGGGAUGCUUGAAUGUACUUUCUGCAACUAGUCUUAAUUAGAAAAACAACUUUACUUUUAUUUAAACCACAUAAUCCAAGCAUUAUAAAUAAUAAGGGGCACAAAUGUGUGCCCCUUAUUAUUUAUAAUGCUUGGAUUAUGUGGUUUAAAUAAAAGUGUGUAUAUGUGUGUCUGUGUAUAAAUAAAAUAAAAAAUAAAAAUAUAUAUAUAUAUAUAUAUAUAUAUAUAUAUAUAUAUAUAUAUAUAUAAUUAUAUUUUUAUUAAUUUUUUUUAGAGUUAAGGAAUGUGUCACUAGGAAUCCCCUAUCCUAAACUAAUUUCUAUCUGUGGGUGUGAAAAAUAAAAUUGUAUGUAGAAUUCCAUACCUCUUUAUUCUGCAAAUUGGGUGCCUCAACCCUAGAAGGGAGAUCAACAAAUAACCAUGAAUGUGACACCUGGAAAACAUAUUGUAUUACUACUUUGCCUCUUGCAAAAAGCUGACACUUUUUUUCUUUACUGAGUCAAGAAGACUUUAACUUUUUUUGAUUAUUUAGAAUGUUUAUAUAUGUUAUGGAUUGGUUCCAUAUAAAUCGUGUAAAUGGUAAUAAGAACUGAAAAGUUAUUUAAAUUAACACUGCAAGCAGCAUAACCAUUAGAUCAUGCUGUCGUGGUUAUGGUGGCAGGAGUACCCUGGCACUCUUAAUGGAAAUAGUCAAACCAUUUCAGAACUGUUUGAUGUCUUGCUUGCUAUCUGCUGGGUACUGCUUCCAACCUUCACAGCAACCCCCAGGGCAGACAGACUAUCUCUGCCAUGGCUAAGAUCAAGUUUCCAGGGGUUUUGGCACUGGAGGAGAUGAGGAGUGGUGCCCGGUGGUCAGGCUCAUGUAAAUUGUUGACUGGUUCUAACAUGUUCGACUCAUUACAAUAGGGGGUAUACGAGCUAAGGCACUCAUGGCACCAUAAGUACUACAGCACUCUGUAGUGGUUAUAGUGCUCGGAGUGUUCUUUUAUGGACAUGCCAUGAGAAAUUUUAAUCUUUAAAGCUUGGGGUUAUAGAAAUUCAAAUAUAUUGUGCAAUUUUGGUGUCACAGACAAGCGUGUCAUUCUCCAUGAUUUUGCAAUGCAAGUUCACAUUCUACUUCCCUGAUGUAAUUAAACAGUCUUCCUCCCUGAUGAUAAAACCAUUGUUUAAAUAAUUGACAUCUGCCAUAACACAACAAAUAGUUAUACUGAAAGUGCCAGCUACUCUUAUACUUUUUAAUGUUAUCAGUGAGCAUUAAGUAUUUUUUUUUUUUUUUUUUUUAUCUGCCACUUUAAUGUUCCAAAUGCUAUAGAAAUGUGAAAUAGUCAUGAUCAGAUUGAAUGAGGACAUUCUAUUUCCCCCAUUAAAUAUCCCUGGCAUGAUUUAAUGCCUCAACUGUCUGUGCCUCUGCUACUUCUAGAAUGUAGAGGAAAGUAAAUCUAUCUAUUUAUCUAUCACCAGCGCUGUAAAAAGAAACACAUUUCCUCCAUCAUGCAUUAUGUAAGAAGAUUCCUCUUUCGGGGGGUACCACUGACUUGGAAUGCGGUCUGAAAAAAACAUGAUAAUCAUGGACAUAUUUAUUCAUACAUUGACUAGUCUUUGGGCCUUGGGAAGCAAGGGUGAUUGGGAGAGAGAUUUAUAAAUAAUAAAUAUUAUUAUUAUUACAUGAGCUUUUUUCACUGCAGCCUUUACCCUAUAGUUUGCUCACAUAUGGUGCAAGCCAUUUACUUGCCCUAACAGUGGCGUUUUGCUUUUCUGCCAUUCCAUUGUACCUAACCCAUCAGUGCAGCACAUUAGCUCACUCCAUCAAUCCCUGUGAAGUGCCAGAAUUCUGGACAGCUACUGCAGUUUCACCUUUUAUUUAAUUAAAAUCUUCAUGCUGAUUGUAGAUAAAAUGAACACUCCUAACACCAUAAUCACUACAACUUGAUGUACUCCUGGCACUCUCCCAGAGUUAAUUGUCAAACCCUUUUCUUAAAGAUUUGAAAGCUUACCUGAGGUACACUGGGUACCAGUCACCCCCUCUUCUGGAGCCUGGGAGUGUCCUGGCACAACAACAACCACUACAGUUGGUUAUAGUAGUUAUGGUGCAUUGGGCAUUCCUUCAGAUUUCUAAUAUUGGAGUUUACAAUAUAUGUGCUUCUCAAGUGCAUCAUACACAUUCAUGGUUUAUGUACAUUACAUAUACAACAUUCACAUCAGGUACAGUUCAUUGUGAUAUACAAUGCAUUACAUAGUUCACUUUUGUUACACAUGGACUUUGUGUAAAACAAGGCAAAUGCUUGAAUAUGCCUCAAUUUUGUAAAGAUAGUCCCUUAACCCCUUAUGAUGGUCUAUGGCUAUGCUGUCAGUCUGUCAUAUUACAGAUUGGGAUGAUCUUUAGGGACCACUCCAUGAAGACCGCAAAUAAAAAUAUUGUACCCUUUAGGAAUUAACAAUUAUAGAUUUGAAUAUGUUUCUAAUAAAUGUGGGAAAUAAUUAUUUAUGUUUUUAAAUUUGUAAUCUAACAAAUGUCUUGUUAAAAGUCCCUUCAGAUUUUUAAUUAAAAUCAAACAAUCAUUUAAUUUCUUACUUGGUGGACAACUUGACAACCUUCACAUCUGGAGCUAAUUAAAAUCAUGUAACAUGUUUUUAUACAUGUUCUGAAUUAUAUUCGGCAGUUGUAGUGUGAUUAGCAACAGGAAAUUACAUGAUCUCCUCACUUUUCCAUACCCAUAAUAAACAUGUUCUUUGAUUGCUUUUGGAGUACGCUGGUUGCCUUGCACUUUAACAUUUAACAUAAUUCGCUGUCUAACUGUAUGAAAAAACAUGCUACGGGUGAAUAUUUUUCUACGUCUAGUAAUGCUGAUGAAGUUUGUCAGUUCUUGGCUAGAGAUGAUUAUUCUAGAUUCCUGUCUUCAAAGAUACAUUGAUUGAAACACAAUGGUUCUGCUUACAUUUUUCCUAUUCAGAACCUAAAUUAGAAUGCAUAUUUUCAAUGCUGUCUGCGCUCAAUGUAAAUUCCUGCAUCAAGAGUACGUUCGCCCUUGUCGUCACUGCUUCACACAAGCUGGAAAAUGUGAAUUGAAAAUAAUGCCAGUCAUAAUGUAUAACAAUCUGUGUCACUCAAGCAACUCCUUUUAAUAUUGGUCUAUUCAUGACUUGCAUUGGCAUUGAAUACUCAACUGACACUGUUAAGGCCAGUGGGUCAUUUCUAGAUCUAAGAAUGUGUCUUGUGACACAUUGCAGUAGUUUGUGUACAGUAUCAGUAACUAUUCUACAUCGGCUGCUAAAUGUUAACCGUACGCCAUAUGUAAAAGGGGCUGAUCAGCCACCCAUACCGAAGACUAUUGAGUCUGUUGGUCUGUUUAUAUAAUCUGCUUCAUAUGCCAUCUUUUUAAUCUUUUUGGUAUAUGGUGAUUUCCUAUAUCUGUCUGCUGACUGCCUACUUAUCUAUCUAAUCAAUCAACUUGCCUAUCCAUCCUCACUUUGUAUCCAGGGCAUAAAAAGAAAAGCUGGUGGAGAUUUAUCAAAGUUUUCUGUUCUAAGAAGUAGAGGGUAUUUAUCACUAACUGUUUUGUCUAGCACUACAGUAUAUAUGUUUUAUAAUUUAGUCUAAUGAAGUAUUAGGUGUUGUGUGUGUGUGUGUUUUUUUUUUUUUUUGUAAAUCAAUAAAGUUUGGGUUUGAAACCUAUUCCCUAUGGGCAUUUGUGGACUUUAAGCCUACUAAUCUCUAUUUCUAGUUAGUGUAUCCAUUGUGCUUAUGGUUAUUUGUUUUCCCUCCUAUCGGGUAUAAGUUGACACCCAUCUAUAGAUAAACUUUAUCGUGCAAGCCCACCUACUACAUUAAUUUGUGUUCUAAAAGUAGUCUACUUUAGACAACUAGAACUAGGGUAACCACCAUGGAAACCAGCUGAACCGGCAAGUACAAUAUCACCUGCCCUGUUAUGUUUGGUACCACUUUUUAAAACAGAAAACAUUGAUAAAUUUUCCUAAUCGUCCUCAAUCACAAUCUGUCUUUUGAUAACUGUACAUGUUAUGGUUGUCAAUGAGCUGUCUAAGGACAUUAACACUAUCAUAAUCGCCUCUUUCCUACCAUUUUUCAACAUUAAAUUUUUGUUUAUUUUUGCAGAAAUAAAAAAAGGCCUUUGAUUCUGGACACGAAAUUGAGUUGCCAUGCUAUUUUGGUGAUUUUCAGUGGCACGUUGUAUAAUUGUGCAUAUUUCAUUGGUGACUAUAGCCUUUCUAAAUUCAGUGGAGGUUUCUCUAUCACAGAGAAGAUUAAAAUGAAGAUAUUUUGCUAAAAUGAUCCUGCUAUAUAUUAUAUUACAUUUAACUAAUGGUCACAGAACUGAACUUAUGAAUGGGUCGCCAAAGUAUUGCUAUGUGGGAACUUUGGGUCCCAGACAAAAAAUGUGACAAAUACAGUAUUUAGCAGUCACCAAAAAGUCCAAACAAUUACUUCUUAUCCAAUCGGUUGGAUAAGAUGUAUCAACACACUAACAGGGCUGUUUUUUUCUUGGAAAAUUCAACAGCCAAAAGGACAUGAACUGCUGACAACACUUUCCACCAAAUUAAAUGUCUCAUCUAAACUGGCUUUAUGUAGAUAGUCGUUUUUGCUGAUAAUUCAUUAAGCAGAAACAAUCGCGUGAUCUACAAGAGUUCACAGUUAGACAGUUUUUCAUAAGUUACAGUUGAAAUCAGACAGCCGUGCAGGGCUGAUUGGACCAUGAGAGGGCACUGGUAAUGUCAGGAUAGGGUGUGGAAUCCCCUGUGAGUGAGGUGUGGUACCUGUAUCCCCUCACUGUCGCUGUUUAUACCAAAUGUGUGCAACUUUUGUGUCCACAAAUCAAUGCUUAUCUACAUGCAAACACUGUGAAUAUAACAGUAUCCUCCUAUCAACACAUUUUUUUUUUAGUGUUCAUUUAUGUUUAAGCUUGUCUAAUUCCAAAUUGAGAUUCUAUCUGGUUAUACUAAACAAUUUUUGUCUCUGAUCAAAAAAAUAUACAUUAUUAUUUUAUUUAUAUAGCACCAGCAAAUUCCGUAGCGCUGUACAAUGGGUGGACUAACAGACACGUAAUUGUAACCAGACGAAUGGACGCACAGGAACAAAGGGGUUGAGAGCCCUGCUUCGUGUGCUUACAGGCUAGAGAUAGUGGGGUAUAGUAACACAAAGGGUAUAAGUAGGGGUAAUGAAAUGGGUUGCUAGAAAAGUAUUUACUGAGAACUUAGGUUAUUUUGGACAGUUGCAGGAUGGGGGAAUGAAAACCUGCCAACAGUUUAAUUUAUAUGCUUUCCUGAAGAAGUAUGUUUGCAAAGAUUUUUUUUUUGAAGGAGUCAAAAUUUGGUGAAAGUCUAAUGGAGAAGGGAAGGUGCAGCCCUGGAGAAGUCUUGGAGGCAAAAAUCAGAUGUGGGAGUACGGACAGAGGAUAGACGUAGGGGCCUCAACGGGACAUAAUUGUGUAUUAGGAAGAAUAGGUAGGUUGGAGCAGCAUUAUGUAGGGACUUGUAAACAAGCAUCAGAAUCUUAAAUUGAGCCCUAUAUCUAACUCGAAGCCAAUGUAGAGACUGACAGAGGGGGGGAGUUAUGGGAGGUACGGCGGACAUUAAAAUGAGCCUUGCUGCCACAUUCAUUAUAGAUUGCAGCGGUGCAAUCUGGGAACACGUAAGACCACUGAAUAGGGGAUUGCAGUAGUCAAGGCGAGAAAGAACAAUGGCAUGGACCAACACCUUAGUCGCGUCUGUUGUUAAAUAGGGGCGCAUGCGAGCUAUGUUUUUGAGAUGAAAGCGGCAGGACAUGAGGGGUGAAGGAGAGGUCGGAGUCAAAGAGAACACCUGGACAGCGAGCCUGCAAAAUAGAGGUGAUGGUGGCGCCAUUGACUUGGAGACACAGACAUGGGAGUAGCAACACUUGAGGGAGGAAAGACCAGAAGUUCUGUUUUGGAUAGGUUGAGUUUUAAGGAAGUAAGCAGCCAUCCAGUUGGAAAUUGCGGAGAGGCAGUCAGAGACAUGAGUCAAGAUAGGCGGAGAGAGAUCAGGAAAGUACAGGUAGAUUUGCGUGUCAUCUGCAUAUAAAUGAUAAUGGAAGCCAAAGGAGCUGAUGAGUUUACCAAGGUAGGCAGUAUAGAUGGAGAACAGUAGGGCACCAAGGACAGAAGCUUGGGGAACACCAACAGGGAGGGGUUUGGGAGAAUAGGUGAAAUUUGGGUACAGGGUAUGCCGAUGUCAAAGGUAGGCAGAUGGUGGACAGAUAGAAGAAAUGGAACAUUGGAGAGGUAGUACAGAGAUUGGUGAAGAUGAGGUUGAGUGUUUCCUGCUGUGAGUUGCUGAAGGAGGUCAUCUGCCUCUCUAGAAAAUUGUGUAUUAACUUUUAUUACAAAAACAGUUAACCACUUCAUUACAGAGUUAAUUUAAGAAAAAAUAUUUUUUUUUAUUUUUUUUAUUUUUUAUAUGCACCAUUAGUGCAAACUUAUCACAUACAGACCAACUUUAUAUUGCUGUUAAGAGAUUAUAUAAGCAUGUACACAUGAAUGUUCUAUUUGUCAAUAAAGAAAUGUUAGGAACCAUUAAAAUAUUAUAGCUCAUGUAACAACUCUUGCAUUUUUUUUUCUCAAACAUUUCUGAAAAAUGAGUACAAUGCAAAGUAUAGCCACUUUGUAACAGUAGCUGCAAAGUAAAAAUUGUCAAAUACCUUAUUGAUUAGUAAUUGUAAGAAUUUUGCUGAUAUUUGUGGAUAUACAGAUUCCUAAAAUUCUAAUAGAAUUCUCAAAUAUAGACCAAAAAGUGAUUUGGAAAGAUACUCCAGCUCCAGCUUUAGCCAGAGAAGUUUGCAAAUUCACUGUUUAGUGAAUAAUAUCUCAAAGGCUGGAGAGGUUUCUGUGAGUCAAAUGUUACUGACAUAUUUAGUAUAUCUAAUGCCUAGAGAAAUAGAUUUGACUUUUGGCAGAAAAAGUAAUGUAAAUUUGGCUGUGUUCACAGAAAUGUAUACAUUUCCUAGCAAUUAAGUUAUAAUCCUUUUAAAAGUCACAGGGUUGGGCAACCUGUUGCGCAGUAACGCGUGAUUUGCCAGUGAUGUAAUUUGGAAAUGCUUAGCACUUUGUCUAUGGCUGCUCAUUGAGAAGCAUUGGUUGGGCCAUUGUCUCCUCCACUAACUGACGGGAGGCAGAGAGGUGAGCAGUGCUGAGGGAGCCUGAUAAUGGAAAACCAGAAGUAAAAAGCUUCAGUUUAUUUUUUUAUGGCAAACAGGGGGACCUUCAGUACCAUUAGGGACAUGUAUACUAUAGUGUUACAAAUCCAGUUUUUUGUUUUCCUAACACCAUAAUGUUCCUUUCAGGGACACACCAGGAUGGAUUAAGCACUUUCUUUCAGUAUUUUAUAUAGAUUGAUAUUACUCUCUGCUUGAUCCUCUUCAAUCUGACUUCUGCCCUUACAUUUUACAGAGACUACUCUAACUAAAGUCACGCUGACGUAAGCAACUAGUGAUCUAAUCACGUCUAAUUUUCAAAGGCUACUACUCAAUACUAAUUAGUCUUGACAUUCCUGCUGCUUUUGACACUGUUGAUCACACGUUCCUUCUUCAAACCCUUCACACCCUUGACCUUCGUGACUCUGUCCCUUCCUGGUUCUCAUCCUAACUUUCCCAACAAUCAUUCAGUGUCUCUUUUUCUGUGCUCAACCAUUGUUAGAUGAGGUGCCCUUGGUCUGCUUCUGUUUUCUCUUUAAACUGCCUCUCUUGGAAAAUGUAAUUAUUUUGUAUUCUAGUACCAACUGUAUGCAGAAGAUACCCAGAUAUAACUCCCUUCCUCUAAUCUCCCUCCUACCAUUUUAGAAUGCAUCACAAGUUGUCUCUUACAUCUUCAACUAGAUGUCUUCCAGCUUAUCCACCCUCUUUGUAUUACUAAUCCUUCGCUGUCACAACCUGCAUAGUUGACGAUCCCCUCAUCAGCCCAUCUUUGCAAGUGAUCUUCACAUUUUUUAUUCUUUUUUUAAAAUUCUAUAUCCUGCACUUAGCUUGUCUGGUGUAUCCCUUUAUGCAGACUCUGUAUUGUUUCUGCUGCGCGUCCCAGCACUGCCGCCAUGGCCCUUGCAAAAUUAUAGGCACAAAGAGCUGGAGUGAAUUUAAAAAUUAUAGCGUGUGUUAUUGGUCAUUGUGGAGAGAUAAAAAGAGCACGGUGGGGCCGAUCUGAACGACUGUGCUUUACACCUAUGUAACUGAACCACUGAAUGAAUUUGAUGUUUACAAGUUGUUAGAAUGUUUUAAUACGCAAUCAUGGAAUCCAAGACUUAAAAGGACAAUUGAGGUUUUGUUUCUAUUUUCCCCUUUCCAUUACUGCUGCUUUUCAUGCAUAUUCACAGAAUAGUUUCAACAAAUGUGUUUGUGUUUUAUGACUGUUUUUUUUCUGUGUACUUGAAUUUGUUCUUUUAAGAUUUGGCUCUGUUGUUGUUUAUGUUGGCAUUUCUAUGGAGUUAUUUGCUUUAUAAGACUUGGCCGGUGCUAUCUUUGUAGGAGGCUUGGGAUACCUUAGUGGGCCACAGAGCUGGCUCUCCUACCACUUUUCUGUUUCUUUAUAAACAUUUGUAAUAUUAGAAUGCUAAACAAAGUAUGUUUUUUUUUUUUUGUUUGUUUUUUUUUUUUCACAUUCUGUAUUUUAAUUUACAAUAGUGGCAUUUAAAAUAUUGAUCUAAUGUCCAUUUAUUUAUUUUAACCUUCUGGGCGCUAAAACAAGCAGUAAUAGAGUUUUGCAAUGUCUAGCUUACCGUCCUGACUCAUCAAAGGAAAAUCCGGGGCUAUUUUUUGAUGGGUUUAUGACUGCAGUGCUACGUCUGUUAGUUGGGUAGUUGCAUAACUUUUGAUUGGCUAACUAUUACAUUAGGAAGGGAAAUACCCUCUUUUUUUAUCUGGGCCCCAGUGCAGAUUACAUUAUUUCCCACCUGCAAUGUUGUCUUGCUGUUUUGUUCCACCUCUUGUUUUUUAUCACAGCUUUAAGACACUUAGCACAAAGUACAUUCAUGGAAGCCAUUGUUGAGGUAGGCACUAGGAAGACAUGCCUGAUGGUUACUGACAAGAUUAUUUACUAAAGUGAGAAUUCAGAGUUUAUUCACGGUGACUUAGUAAGUAUAGCUGAGCUGAGAGAAUUUUAUCAAUUGAGCUAUUGUGCCUUAAAUUUUAAAUUCCCUUUUAAUUUUGUCCAUUUAGUAAAUAGCCCUGUGACACAAGUGCGAGGGUAGUUGACUUUGAAAAAAAUAUGUUAAUGCUAACUGAUUUACUAAUAAUAGCUGUGUCCAAUGCCCUUAGUGAAGUAGACUUGUUGAAGUUUUAUUUAGUGCCGUUUUGGGUAUUAACUGUGAAUGGGUGGGUCAUGCGAAGGUUGUCAAGUCAGCCAUUCCUCUGACCAUUAAAAUAACACAGUGACUUUCUUUGCUAGCCUGAGAUUGUGUGGGUUUGUACAUGGGCUGGUUUCCUGUGCUCUCAAAACUCUGCAGUACUAAACAGACCCACGGUUAUAUUUCCCAUUUUCCUACAAUACCUGAGGCUGUGCAGGCUAACAGACUAUACUGAAUAUGUAUGAUGUGCCUAUAGGUGUUUGCCAGUGACUGAAUGGUAAGAUGAGUGUUAAUGAUAUUCAGAAUACAUCACUGGUAGCAGUGGAGUAGGUUAGAAACAUAGUCUGAGUCUGUACAGAUCUCUGUAAAUGCUCCUUAGUGAUAAAUAGGUCAUACUGAUCGAUGUAGCAGGGAUACUAUGGUACACCUUGCAAAUCCAGCAGCAGUCUGUCAGUUCUGUUUAUAUUGCGUUGCCCAUGUGACCAGUGAGGUCCAUGUAUGCGAUCUGUGAAUUUCAUGCUCAAUAAAUAGUCCAUUUUUAGGAGAGGCAGUCCCUAUUUUGGGCCCAUUUCCCUCUGUCCCUCUUUGCUAUGAGCUCUAUAUUGAUGGUGUGUCUGCGUGUAUAACAGUGAUGAGUCGUUAAACUAAUUAUGAGUCAGUUAGGGAGGGGUUUGGCUGGAAAUUUAUUAUGUGAAUCUAUGAGUGACUGGUGAACCAAAGUUACAAAGAAUGCAUUAAAAAAGAUGGGUACUAUAGAUGAAGAUAGAAGUCUAGUGUUAGGUGAACAGAUUGAAUAAAUAAAGCAUGGGUUUGGUAAAGCUGGACUAAAGGUCAGUUUCUUUGUUAAAGAUGAGUUUAGCGACAUAUUGAAGUUUGGAUAGCAGGGAAAGAUUUUGAAGGUGUUUGUUUUGUUUUUUGGUACAUCUUUACUGGUAGAACAGAUUGCAGACUUGCUGUAAAGCACCUAUUCAAUUCUUCAGGCUUUUGGGGAGAGCUUGAAAGUGCUAUAGAGUAGAAUGUGGAUCUUACUGUUCCAAGUAUGAGAUUAUUCAUUAUGGAAAGCAUCCAAAGAAAGAAGUACUGUGAUUUCCCAGCGAUUAUGAUUUUUAUAUAUUUUUUUUUUUUUUCAUAUUGAUGGUCACAAUUUGUAGAACUGAUAUGCCACACGCAAAAAGUUUGUUAGUAAGGAAAUUGUAAAAGAAGGUUGUACAGAUGUUCCACAUGUGGUGAUACUUGGGAGAUGCUUUGCGUCAAAAGUCUUAAAUGGAUACUGACACUUUGACAUUAAUUAAACCUAUUUUAUUUGCAAAUGGAAAUGAAUUAGGUAUCACUUGAUUUAUUGAUCAUAUGUAGAUUCCCUGGGGGAGUUCUUAUUAUCUUCAAGAUGUGUUUAAUAUUCAUCUAGAUUCACUUGUCCUCAUCCAAACUAAUGUAUAUGAUGUCCUGUUGCACAAAAAGAAUUUUAUGCAAUCAUACAUUUUUUUAUUUAUUUUUUAACUAUCAGUUUAAAUAUUUUAACUUUAAGUGAUGAAAUAUUUAUUUUUAGAAGUGAUGAAUUCUUUUUGAUAAUCUCAUUAUUGGUGGCACCAGUGAUACAGUUCUUGUCUCUGAUCUUCCUCCUUUUGUCCUGCUUUACGGGAUGCAAAUGUUGGGAGAUAUGGAUACUAAAUGAGAUAGUGGCACUUUCUUUUUAUUUUUUUUAAAAUAUUUUUGGAUACCUCUAAUCUCACACAAGCACACAGGGGUUUGCAACCUUCAUGGGACCAAGUAACACUUGAAUGAGAGUGAAGUUUCAACACACAUCUACUUUUCCUUGUUUUCUUUUACCUAAUUAACAGCUGUGAUGUUUAGUUGAAUUCUAGAUACAGCACUUCUGUCUAGCCCAGCUGAAAUAUUGGGUUUUCAUGCAUCGCUAGAUGAGAAUUCUAGUUGUAAUGGUGACCCUUAUUAGAACCCUGAAGUCAACGUGUUCUUGGGAUGUACGAAGGCAAUGUAAUUCCAACUUCUAAAGUAAACACAUUGUGCUGAUUGAAAAUAAAACUUUUUCAUGCAGGCUGUGUUAGUCACAGCUAGGAGAGAUGUGACUAGGGCUGCAUGGGCAAAAAAGCAAAUUCUAACUCCUAAAUGUCAGAGCAACUGCUUAUCUCUUUAAAGUGGUUUGAGACACACCAGUGUCAUAUGCACAUUGUCUGAAAAAUAGUGCCCUUUACAAGCAUCUACAAUUAUUAUUCGUAUUAUUAUUUAUAAAGCACCAACAAAUUUUGCAGCGCUGUACUAUAGUGUCUAGCAUUAUGGACUUUGUAUCUUUUAAAAUACUGAGAUUGGGGGGAAAAGAGAAGCCAUUUGUUGACGAGGAUUGUUUUCAACUCUGGUUUCUGCCAGCACAUUUUUAUCAUUUACUUGCUAUCUUUUCAUCAUUGCACAAUUGUAGAACACUGUGAAAUAAGUUGGCAUUUUAAAAUAACUACCAUUAUCAUAAUUUCUCCUUCACCAUGUUUCUCUGCUUUGGAUUAAGUGCCAGGGCACUAGGUUAGAUUUUCUAAUUUGACACCCCGCCUAUAGCACAAUUAAAUCUUAAACUGUCCCUGGGAACAAGACUUACCUCUUUGAACUGUGAUGUAGCAAUCUCCAGCUGCUGCCUUAUUGUGCUGGCUGUAUAUGUGCUUGCCAGACGUUAGUAGAUAAGAUGUUGUGCAAAUGUACACAUUGUUUGAAAUGUUUCUUUUGUUGAUAUUUUAGAAAUCACAUUAAAUUUUAUAUGCAAUAUGUUGGAUCUUGGAGGUACAGUACACUUGUUUGUUUUUUAUUUUAUUUUUUUACCAUUUUAGGAAUUCUGUUAAAGGGAAACUGUUGCUUCCAAAGAUUCCCUAUAUUAUAAAAUGAUUAUUAAUAUAAUUAUGUGGUUUGUGAACUCUGAAAUAAAAUUAAAAUCCACACUUAAACUGACCUGGAACUGAGAGCAUCCAUAUUUGGUCCUUGUCUACCAUCAUUAGGAAGAAAUAAAAGCAAUUGUUUUUUUUUUUUCUUCCUCAUUUGCAUUGUGUGCCUUGGCUGUGCCUGUAUUAAACUGGAUAGUGAUGUCAUUUGCUAAAUAAGAGUUUCACAUAAAAAAGGUUAACACAAAUUAUAGGCUAUAUAGCUAGUGAAGCGACAGGUCUGUUAAUAAUAAACAAACCAAACACAAUCUCACUAAGAGGGCACCAGCAGUCUCUAAUACAUGGUUGAAGCCUUGCACUUUUUCGGGCUGUUCACACCUUUUUGUUAACAUUUAUGUUUAACAUUCUGGUAACCUUUUGCAAUUACAGCUCAUGGAACAUUGUAUCAUGGGCUUAAUAUUUCAUCAAACAUUGGAGAAUACUUGGUUCUGCUGCCUAAAAAGUCUGCAAUAAAAAUAUUAGGAUUACUUAGUAUAAUCAUCGUUUCUAACAUCAGAUCGGAUGUUUAAUAUAUUUUUUUUUAUUGGAUACUUAAUCAUGGGGAAUGCAUUGAUAUCAUAAACAAUGUUGCACAUCUUCUACUGGUUUUACCAUUAACAAAACCAUUUGUAUUCAGAAAAGGCCCAUGAACAAAAAUACUGCUACUGCCUGUCCUCCCUUGCAUUCGUGAUACAUUUUCAUAGUUCAGUUUGGUUUUUGAAGUGCUGCCAGUUUCCUCUCCCACAUAUUAGGUGAUUUUUUUUUAUUUUUUUUUUUCAAACCUAAGGACAGAACAAUUGCGGUUUUUGUGGUCAGCUAAGGAAAAUCAUUCUAAUUUUUGUUUGGAAAAUAUGUAUAUAAGAUAAGGGGAAAAGGGUUAUGCAAAGGAAUAAAAAUUGUUCUCAAUGGUGAUGUGGAUUCCUGUAAAGAUAAGGUAUAAUCUGUCCCAGUUUUUAAGAAAACUAGAGCAUGAGCGCCUUAAAGGGGCACUGUCCUGUCCCCACCCCUCACCCCAGCAAAAUAAGUAUUCAUUUUUUUUUUUUUAUUUUUUUUAUUUUUUUUUUUCAUCUUGACAGAAUCAGUAAACGUAACAGUAGCUGCAUGACUUGUGCAAAAGUCAGAUACAGGGCAAUACAUCAGAACACAUUAGAAAAAGGAGCAAAAUAUACUGCCCCUGAACAUUUCACAUAUUACACAAGUUGGUUACUAUUUUGCCAAACGUCAAGGGAUUUUCCAAUGUCUUUGACCUUGUUAGAUUACUAGACAUGCGUCGAAGUAUGCAGUGAUAUCCCCACAAAGCCAUAGAACAUCAUAUGUUGUGUGAUUGGAGUACCAACUGUGUCUAGGCAGAACAAACAGAUAACACUUAUAUUGAUCUCCAGCCCCUCGUGUGUAUCGGAUAUCCAACAACGUCGACCAGCAAAAUAAGUAUUCUAAAAAUAAAAAAAAUCUUUAUAUACGCAUAAUGACGAUGUUUAAAUUUCACUGAAAUUCCAACCCAGUCUAAGACAAAGAAAGAACUGCUUAACAAUGGGCUGAGCUGCCACUGUCAUGAAGCGUCACUCCCUCAGCCAUCGUCAGUGAUGACCGCUGGGAAUUGGCUCUAUCUAUAGUGGAUCCCGCAGUCUCAUCCUCCAUAGACCUCAAUGCUGUGUCCUCACGCAUAUUCAAGAGUAUAGCAAUGAAGUAGACUCCUGGCAGCUGAAGCGCCAGAAGCAGGAGAGGACCGACCGGAAGACGAUGCGGCGCUCGCGAGGGACAAGUUCAGGUAAGGCGAUGUCACCAUGGAGAGUGUUUGCAAAUUAUCCCAAAGUCCCCAGACAGUGACUGACUAAUGAUGAGCUAAGACUGCACUUUUGGGGCCUUUCUAGGGAACUGACCACUGUGGCGUGCAUCACUACAUGUACCUAGGUGUCAUUUUUUUGUUUCUAUAUAUCAAAGGCCUAUAUACUACAGGGAACCUAGGCAACACACCAAACCCCCCAGUCCUCCCCAUCAUGGCCUCCUCUGGGAUGGUCCAAUAUAAUGCUAGUCAUACAAAAGCAUUGGGGACCUAAUGCACAUGCUCGGCAAGUGCCCAGCACAUUCAAAUUGCCCCAUAAAAAAGCAUGAAUUAAUGCUUUUCUAUAGGGCUUUUGCGUCACAUGAACAAGUUUUACUCAGUGUAACGGAAACACCUUGAGUGGCUGUCAAUAUGAUAGCCACUAGAGGAGGAUUUAACCAUUGUAAAUGUUGCAGUUUCCUAAACACCCCAGUGUUUUUUACAUUGCAGGAUUAGGGGGACAGGGACUCUGCAUUUUAUUGAGAUCGUGUAGUCUGGGUGACUAUAGUGUACCUUUAAUGUUAAAGGACCACUCUAGGCACCCAGACCACUUCAGCUUAAUGAAGUGGUCUGGGUGCCUGGUCCAGCUAGGGUUAACCCAUUUUUUAAUAAACAUAGCAGUUUCAGAGAAACUGCUAUGUUUAUCAAUGGGUUAAGCCUUCCCCCUAUUCCCUCUAGUGGCUGUCUCAUUGACAGCCACUAGAGGCGCUUGCGUGCUUCUCACUGUGAUUUUUCACAGUGAGAGCACGCAAGCGUCCAUAGGAAAGCAUUGUAAAUGCUUUCCUAUGCAACGGGCUGAAUGCGCGCGCAGCUCUUGCCGCGCGUGCACAUUCAGCCCAGGAGGAGGAUCAGAGGAGGAGAGGAGGCAGAGAGCUCCCCGCCCAGCGCUGGAAAAAGGUAAGUUAUUAACCCUUUCCCCUUUCCAGAGCCGGGCGGGAGGGGGUCCCUGAGGGUGGGGGCACCCUCAGGGCACUAUAGUGCCAGGAAAACGAGUGUUUUCCUGGCACUAUAGUGGUCCUUUAACUGUAACAUGAUCUCUAGUGAAGCACCCAAACAUCUAGCCCUUGUGUUAAAUAUGUAAUCGGCACUAAUCAGUGUAAAAACACAACCUGUGACCUGGCAGACUGUAUAAAUGCAUUAACAAUAUAACGUCUAAUUCCAAAAGUAACAUGAUUACUAUUGCAUGUACUGGGGCUACAUCUUUUUAUUUCACAAAAGAAAAAGAGUUCUUUAAUUUAUUCAACUAAGCAAUUAGUUUGAAAUCAUUAAGAUGUACAUGCAAAUUAGUGAAUUGUGGUGUGUUUAAAAUAUAUCUGGAAAAUUUUGGAAAAAUUCUUCAUCCUUGUUGUAUUUACAAAGAGGAUUGGUUCUCCUUGACUGCUAAUUUUACAUAUUUUAUCUUAAAUUUAGCUCACUGUUUUCAAUUUAGUGAAAGACAAUCUCAAUAAUGGCUUCAUGGCGUCAAACAAAUGUGCUGUAUUUUGCAUUACAUGAAAUCCUUGCUGCUGUUUGUUACAGUAAAUAUGUAGCAUUCUUGUCUUAUUGGGGACGGGAUACUGCAACAUUGGACAGGUUCCCUAUAUAUAUAUUUGUAGCCAAGGUGACGUUAUGUUAGCUCUUUUCGUUUCCCAUGUGGCCAGUACAGUUGACAAGGUUUUAGUUAGCUGCUCUACAUACAUUCCUGCAAUACAACGUAACAGAGUUUCAGAUUCAACUCUAGGAGGAAUAUCAUCUGAGAUUUUGGGAGUAAUAGCCAGAUAAUAAAUGCUCCAAAUAGUUUUUAUUAAUGUUAAUGGAAACAGAGACUUAUUAUCAAGUUUUUAACAAUGGGUCUUAUUGUUGGCUUUGAGUUGUCAUCACAAUUUUAUAAGAUAAAGUAAAGGUAAUUUAAAACGAAGAAAAAAAAAAAAAAUUCUUCAGCCAUCCAAGCCUUCCUGGUACGUACUGAAGUUUUAAUCACGGAUGAUGUAGUUACUGAGACAAAAGAUACGCCUUACAGGAGAUGAUCCUGGCCCAUUAUUAAUGCAUGUUUGGCUGACCUAUAGCUUUUUCUCCUUUUCUCCAAAGGCUUGGAAAGGAUCAUAAUUUGUCUAUGUGGCUUUGUUUAACUGUCUGGGCCUUUCCUUUUAUUAAUACAGGAUUAUAUAGGAUUAUUAUGGAUACAGUUUGGGAAGUUUGUAUCACUAUAAAUAGCCAGACUCUGUUUUACUUCCCUCCAAUCAGUCUGAAAACAAGACUGGUGUAUUCCCUUUUUAAAGGGACACUAUAGUCACCAGAACCACUACAGUUUAGUAGGGCCAGCUGCGGCGAGACUGCAUGGCAGUGGAGAAAUGGUAAGUUUAAAAACCUUGAAUCUCCACAGAGUGAGAGACCAGGGAACCAAAAGUGUGCUGUAGAGCCAAAAUGCUUUCCUAUGGAUCAUCAAGAUUAAGAUGGAUGUCAGUCAUGGAGGUAGAGCCACGCGGGGCCAGUUACUGUGAGACCAGCGUGGCGUGGGAGAAAAGGUGAGUAAAAUCACCUUUUUACUGAGAUCUAAGGGGGUUCAGGGAUCUAAAUACACUAUAGUGUUCCUUUAAGGGUCCACGUCACACCCAUAAAGCACUUCACACUUAAAGGACCACUCUAGGCACCCAGACCACUUCAGCUCAAUGAAGUGGUCUGGGUGCCAGGUCCAGCUAGGGUUAACCCAUUUUUUCAUAAACAUAGCAGUUUCAAAGAAACUGCUAUGUUUUAUGAAUGGGUUAAACCUUCCCCUAUUUCCUCUAGUGGCUGUCUCAUUGACAGCCACUAGAGGCGCUUGCGUGCUUCUCACUGUGAAAAUCACAGUGAGAGCACGCAAGCGUCCAUAGGAAAGCAUUAUGAAUGCUUUCCUAUGUGACCGGCUGAAUGCGCACGCAGCUUUUGCUGCGCGUGCGCAUUCAGCCGACGGGGAGGAUCGGAGGAGGAGAGCUCUCUGCCCAGCGCAGGAAAAAGGUAAGUUUUUUUUACCCCUUUCCCCCUUCCAGAGCCGGGUGGGGGCAUCCUCAGGGCACUAUAAUGCCAGGAAAACAAGUGUUUUCCUGGCACUAUAGUGGUCCUUUAAGCUUUAUUGGUGUGAAGCAUUAGAUAAUAUUGCACAAUAAAACACUUUAUAAUAAUGACUGUUUAUAAAGGUGCAGAUUUCUAUUAGAAUUUUGCACUUUUAUAAAUAAAUAAUAAAACACACCCUGGCUGUCAAACAGCCGGGGCGCGGGGUUCUUCCUGCUUCCAUUAUCUCCACUUAGCUACUUACCUCCCCUGCUGCAUACCUCAGACCUUAGUCCAGCGUGAAGACCUCAUAUCAGUAUGCUGCUUGUGCACGCGCCCAAAGGGAGCCCAUCCAAAGCUUGAGCCUCUGACUGUUUCCCUUUAUGUAGUUUCAUAAAAACUGCAGCUUUUGCAAACUGGUUUUAUACUAGUUUGCAAUGUAAAUGUAAUGUAUGUAUUUUUUGUGUGUAGUGGAUACAGUGUGUGUUUGUGUGGUGGAUGCAGAUUGUAAUGAAUGCAGAGUUUGUUUUUGUGUAGUGGAUGUAGUGUGCGUAUAGUGAAUGCAGAGUGUUUUUGUGUAAUGAAUCUAGUGUAUGUAUAGUGAAUACAGAGUGUGUGUUUGGUGUUGUGUAUGUAUAGUGAGUACAGAGUGUGCGUUUGUAUAGUGAAUGUAUUGAAUGCAGAGUUAACAUUCUCGUGAGGCUUGACUGCAUGCCAUGCAGAGCAUUGCCAUGGUAACCCGUUGGAAUUCUGUGGCAGCCACAAGGUUUGCAAAAGUUAGAGACCAAGGACAAGCCCAUGACAACCAUCAUGGUUGUCAUGCCCGAAUGGUGGCACUGCCAGGAGGUGUAACAAGGUUAAUUUAUAAAAGUGCCAAUUUCUACACCCUGUUCCAAAUUAUUAUGCAAAUUCUAUUUGUGUCACAAAGAUUAAAUAUUUUGUUUUUCAGUUUAACUCAUGGAUGGCAUUGUGUCUGUGGGCUCUUUUGAUCACUGAAAACAAUCUCUGACACCUGUGAUAAUUAGAUUGCCAGGUGAGCCCAAUUUAAGGAAAAACUACUAAAGGAGGGUGUUCCACAUUAUUAAGCAGUGCACCAUUAUCAUGCAAUAUGGGGAAGAAAAAGGAUCUCGCUGCUGCCGAAAAGAGUGAAAUAGUUCAAUGCCUUGGACGAGGUAUGAAAACUUUAGAUAUUUCACGAAAACUUAAGCGUGAUCAUCGCACUAUUAAGAGAUUUGUGGCUGAUACAGAACACAGAUGGGUUCGUGCAGAUAAAGGCACAUUGAGGAAGAUUUCUUCCAGAUCCAUGCAUCGGAUCAAGAGUGCAGCUGCUAAAAUACCAUUACAUAGCAGCAAACAGAUAUUUGAAGCUGCUGGUGCCUCUGGAGUCCCACGGACAUCAAGGCGUAGAGUCCUCCAGAGUCUUGCAACUGUGCAUAAACCUUCUAUUUGGCUACCACUAACUAAUGCUCACAAGCAGAAACGGCUGUAGAGCACAGAGCAGACAAUGAUUAUGGAUUAAAUGGAUUCUAUAGUGUUAGGAAUACAAAUAUGUAUUCCUAGCACUAUAGUUCCCUUUGGUCCCCCUUCCCUUGCAAACAGGGCCGGUCCCUAUUAUUCCCCAUUGUCUCUCUUACUCCCCCAUCCCCUUUGUGUCUCUCCUUCUCUCCCAGCCCCUUUGUGUCUUAUACUCUUACCAGCUCCUUUGUGUGUUUCUCUUUCACCACCAGCCCCUCUGUGUCUCUUUUUCCUCUUAUCCAGCCCCUCUGUGGCGCUUUCAUCCCCAGCCCCUCUGUGAACCUUCUCACCCCCAGGCCCAUCUGUGUCUCUUUCUCCCCCCUCAUGUCUCUCUGUGGGGCUUUCUCCCCACUGAGGCCCCCCUCCCCUGUGUUCCUCUCUCCUCCCCUCCAUGCCCAUUAGUGUUCCUCUUCCCCCUUACCUGUCUUAGUGCCCCCCCAUACCCCUUAAUGUUACUCUUCCUUCUCUUUUAGUGGUUGCCCCCUACCCCAGUGUUCCUUUUCCCUUCCCUUCCCUCCCUUGUACCUUGCUUUCAGUAAUGUUCCCUUAAUGGUCCUCUCUCUCCCCCUAGUGUUCCUCUCCCCUUCCUCUUUUUUUUUUUUUUAGUGUUCUUUCCCCCAUAGUGUUCUUUCCCCCCUCCCUCAGUGUUCUUUCCCACCUUCCCCUGUCCCAUAGUGUUCCUUAACACCCCCCUCCCCUGUCCCAUAGUGUUCCUUAACACCCUCCUCCCCUGUCCCAUAGUGUUCCUUAACACCCCCCUCCCCUGUCCCAUAGUGGAAGUUCCUGUACCCGGCCGGACUGAAAGGAAGAGUUCACUGAGAGAGCACUUCCUGUCAGACUUACCAAGGAUCAGGGGUGGGGGGGAGGGGGAGAGAGGGGCACUAAGGGUCAGGGGGGAGGGGGAAAAGAACACUAUGGAACAGGGGAGGUUGUUUAGGAAAUGGAAGUUCCUGUACUGCAGUGCGCUCUGGUCUGCUCGGCCACGCUAUACAGAGUGGCUGGCAGGAGGGAGCGCUGUGUGCCCACCUCCUGCCAGUCACUCUCAUCUAGAGCCCCCCUGGCUGGUGCACUCUAAGGCGGCCGCUUGUGCAGUCUUAUGGAUGUGCCGGCCCUGCUUGCAACCCUCCCCUCUCUCUUCAGCAAGUAAAACAAAAACAACCUUUAGUCACUUACCCGAUUCCUGCCUAAUUCUGCGUCCUUAGACGUCAUCCAAUGGGAAAGGUGGCAGAUGCGCAUAUUUGACAAGUGCAGCAAGCGCAUUAGGCCCUCCCCAUAGUAAAGCAUUGGUUCAAUGCUUUCCUAUGUGGAUUUCAAUGGAGCUGGAUGUCCUCAUGUGAGAACAUCCAUAGCCAUUUAGGCAUCCUGAAGUCCGUUAGUCUCUAGGAAUUGCGCCAAGUGGCUGUCUGAGAUAACUAGAAUGCAGUUUUUGUCCUGUAAUGUAAUAAUUGCAAUUUCUCUAAAACCACAAUGCUUUACAUUGCAAGACUAAGUGGGACACUGUACCCAGACCACUUCAAUAAUGUCACUUUUAAUCCCCACAUUUGGGUCUGCAAUGCCCAUGCUAAUGUAUAGGCACAAUGAUAAUAUAGGCAUCUAUACAGGCAUCUUUGUCAUUAGCUUUUAUUUGCAUUGGCAGUUAGUGGGAAAAGCAAGUCAAACUCCUUAACGCAAUAUUUUUUAUAUACUAUUUUGUAUAAAUCUUGUGAUGUGUAAUGUCAUUGAAAGCCCAGUGCAACCUAUAGAUAGCUUUCCAUAAAAACUAUAUAUUUAUCAGAAACAGACAGAUCGUGACAGAUCUUCCUUAGUGUUUUCUAGAAAACUAUUUCAUAUAGUAAAACCAUCACGUUUGGUUCUCUGAGUUAUACUAAGCAAAAAGUAUCACUUAUGAUACCAAAGGUGUUGAGCAUUGUGGUGCACAGCGCACCGUUUGUUUUGUAUUUCUAUUUUUUAAACAUGUUUCUUUUUAAAUGGCAAGUUCAAGUUUAACUUUGUUUUCAUUAAAGCAAUGUGUCAAUCCUCUGUAUAAUAAACUUGAAGCAUCCACAUCAAAGAGUUAAUGGACCAAUAUCCCUAAUGUUACAUGAAAUUUGUAGAGAACUUUAACUUGGAAAAUUCAAAGACAAUAGAUAUCCUUUGGAAAAUGUAUCUGCCAUGUGACACUUCCUGCAUAUUCAUAAUCUAUGGUGUUGGAAAAAGUGAAACAAGCUCAGCUAUUCAGUUUCUCUGUCAAAUACUUAAGUCAUUUUAAAGGAUAUUUAUAACAAGGACAGCCCCUGGGUCCUAAGAGAAUUUGGACUCUGUACAUGCCCACCUACGAAAAGUAAUUCCUUAAGCCCCCAGCUUGCACUUAAAGGAACACUAUAGUCACAAGAACAACUACAGCUUAUUGAAUUUGUUUUGGUGAGAAUAGUUAGUACUUGCAGGCUUUUUUUGCGGUGAACACUCUUUUCAGAGAAUAGGUAGUGUUUACAUUACAGUCUAGAGGUGCUUCCUGGGGCAGUGCUCCAUUUCUCCUGAAUCUAUCUCAGCUAACCACAUCAACCAUCAAAACUAGGCCAACAUAAAGCCUGGCUGAACAUCAUGUGGAAUGAAGUUCACAAACACGUAGGUUGACAAAGAUAAUCAGCUUUCCUACCUUAGCUUUCUAAAUAAGGUGAAUAUUUCCUGAACGUGUAUAGCUUUCAGUGUUCAGUAGCUUGUCUUGACAAACCCAAGUGUGAAAGACGGAGGCAACAUUUGUUUGAUUUAAAACCAGUUGAAAUUGAAACCACUACGCACUUAGUUUCCUUUUAGCUAAAACGCACUGAGAUGGAAUUUUAUAUUUUUAAUGUUAUUUUCCAUUUAAGGUAGGGUUGUGAACAAAGCUGCAGGUCAUAGAUAUACAUUAGUUUUAUGCAAAUGCAAUCACUAGCAAAGUACUUGUUCCAGCUAGUAUCAUAUCCUUCUCUAGAGACGACUCUUCCCACCAGUUUCUCUCCUUGAUUUUUAAAUUCUCAUAAUCUAUGCGCUCUAUAAGCCAGAUCAGAAAGGGAAUCCUACAAAGCUGUAAAUGGCUUGAUUAAUAGGUUCUCCUUUUUUUUUUUUUUUCUUUUUCAAAGGCAGUUGGCUUAAAGUAUAAUACAGUAAAUAUAUUCCAGAUGUCAGACAUUACCUUAAAAAAAUAGCAAGGCACAAUUGUAGUUUCCUUUGUCCACUCCAAAAGAUCAUUAAUACAAGGCACUAGUGAACGUAAUGUAAGGUUUUGCUGGAUUAAAUGCCAUGACUGCAUGUUAUUGCAGGGUCACUUACCUGUGGUUCCAGGGCUUAUUUCUCGUCAUCAGCAUAGGCGGCAUGACGCAGCAUGACCUAUCAUUUUAACAUUGAAUGUCAGGGAUACCUGCAUUAUUCUCCCCAGUACACCCUCUACAAAGAAGCAAGCUCACCCAGCUUCAUGCCAUGACACCUGUUUUACUAGAUAACUUACUAUUUCAGCAUUUAAUCUGUGUUCCUUUUUUUUCCCAUCUAAUACAGGGUGUCCAAUUCAUGGUUUCCAUUUCCAAUAUAAGUGUAUGCUUCUACACCAGAAACCUGUUUUAUGUACAUUGAUAUGUGUACUAGCAAUGGGUCACAUGCUGCAUGCUAUUUUAAAGGAACACUAUAACCAUUUCACCUAGUGAAUUGGUUUUAAUGCUUGGAGUUCACCGGUGCUGUUCUACCAUUUAGUAUUAAACCAUUUUGUACAAUUUUACACUGAAUGAGGAUCCUCCCACAUGGUCGCCAUCUGGAUAGUAUGGCCAAGGCAGAGAUUACACUCUUACGUAGCUAUACCAAUUCAUACCAGCAUUGUAUGUUUUUUUUUUUAUGGGCUGAGAGCAGUCAGCUGACACUGUCAGCCAAUCACCGCCGCUCAUUGCUACUCUAGCUAAUGGAUCGGCUGCCUGGGAGUCUUGUUUAUCGGACUAAUUCAGAAACCAUAUAAGACAAUAGAAGUUCAAAGCCAGGGGCCUCCAAACACUAUCACCACUACACUGAGGUUAAGCGGUUAGAGUGUCCUUUUUAAAGGUUCUGGUGUGCCACAAACACAAACGUGCUGCACAAUUUAUCACUUCCCACAGUUAUUUAUUUUUAUUUUCUUUCCACUGUGCAAUAUAGGAUUUCAAAAACAUGACAUGAUCUGCUCAUUGAUAUAUCCAAUGUACAUCCUUUUUGGCAGAGCUCUUAUAAAACCCGAAAUAUCCAUUAAAAUAUUUCAUUCUGGUAAUCCCACUAUAUGGAAAUGAAAUUUUCAGUUGUCUCCGUGUAUAAGAGAGCUGAUUGCUAAGCAAGACUUCUACUUGCAGAGAUCACCAUAUGUUACAUCACAUGUAAAAUCCAGUGGCCUUAAUGCAGGUUGAUAGAUAAUUGAAUGUAACAAAGACAGGAUGUAUUGCAUCUCUUAAUUAUGGUCUAAACACUAUAGUUACCAGAACGACUACAGCUCAUUGUAUUUGUAUUUGUUCUGGUGUGAACUGAUUAAGCUAUAAUAAACCACUUUGGGACUUUAAAUAAUGGUGAAAUCACUGCUAAAUAUUUUUUGGGUGAAUGUAUGGAUUCUGUGCAUCAUACUCGCUGACUCAUAGUUACAGAUGUUCUUUGAAUUGGUAAUAUGUAGCCAUAAUAUGUGAUGUAAUUAAUCUUUCCACAGACCAUACUGGUCAAGAACACUUCUGUUUGUGUGUGUGUACCUUACAUUAGAGGCGUUGUUGCAAUUUUGAGCCUGUGGUUAAUGUCAACUUCAUAUCUUAGGAAAAGAACAAUUUAAUGGCCUGUACCACACAGACCAAACUUGGGCGUGGAGAAAAUAGUAUUAUGCAUGUCUGGAGAGAGCCUCAGAAUUAGGGGAUAUAUGUAAGCCAGCUAUAAGUUAAAGGGACACUCUAAGUACCAAAACAACUUUAGCUUAAUGAAACCAUUUUAGUGUAUAAAUCAGGCCCUUGCAAUCCCACUUCUUAGUUCUCUGCCUGCCAUUUAGAAGUUAAAUCACUUUUGUUUUUGUUUAUGCAACCCUAGCCACAUCUCCCCUGGCUGUGACUCACAGUGCCUGCAUGAAUUUUUUUAUUUUUUUUUAACUCUUCAAUCAGAUCUUCAAGCAGAUUGUGUUUUCUAUAGAAGUUCUUGUCUCAUGCUCUGUUAAAGGACCACUAUAGUGCCAGGAAAACAAACUAGUUUUCCUGGUACUAUAGUGCCCUGAGGGUGCACCCACCCUCAGGGUCCCACUCCCGCCGGGAUGAAGUUGGAGGAAUGGGGUUAAACACUCACCUUUCUCCAGUGCCGGGCUCCCUCAGCGCUGGGGACUCUCCUCCUCCUUUGGACGUCACUGACUGAAUGCGCAUGCGCGGCAAGAGUUGCGCGCGCAUUGUCAGUCCAUAGGAAAGCAUUUUCAGUGCUUUCCUAUGGACGCUGGCAUCUUCUCACUGUGAAAAUCAGUGAGAAGUGCGGAAGCGCCUCUAGCGUCUGUCAAUGAGACAGCCACUAGAGGCUGGAUUAACUCUAAUGUAAACAUAGCAGUUUCUCUGAAACUGCCAUGUUUACAGCAGGCAGGGUUAAUCCUAGAUGGACCAGGCACCCAGACCACUUCAUUAAGCUGAAGUGGUCUGUGUGCCUAUAGUGGUCCUUUAAUUGAACUUCGAUUGCACACAGGAUGUUGUUGCAGAUACUAGCAGGGGAUACGAAAUUUAAAUACACUGUGCAAUAAGAAACUAAUCAAACUGGACUAUAGGACUACAUAAACAAAGUGUUUUAACUAAUAUAUUAUAUAGAGACUUGAUCAGUAUAUCAAGACCACUGCAUUAAAGUAAAACUGUGUUGGUACUUAGUGUCCCUUUUUAAAAUCAAGAAAAAGUUAUAUAAGUAAGAUUGAUCUUAAUUGCUGCAAUAGACUGUCCUAAAAAUUUCCAACUCCUUCUAUAAAACGGACAGUUAUUUUAUACUGUGUGAUUUCUGUAAUAAGCUAAAACACUGUAUUUUGGAUUUUAGCAGAAAUAAAUUAAAUCACAGGAUUGAAUCUCAGGAUAGUAAAAUAGCAGCAAUGUAAAAUAGAAAAAUAAAAAUCUGUAUUAAGUCCUUUUUGCUCUCUCAUAGUUAAAGAGGCGCUCUAAGCACCAUAAACACAUCAUCCCACUGCAGUGGUUAUGAUGCCAAGAGUCCCCUGGCACCAAACCACUGUUAAGAGUCCUAUAUUUGAAAAGUUUUAUAUGUACUUGUGUCCCCCUACACCCACAGUUCGGCCUCUCUUCACUGACCUCAUUAUAGUGGAGCUUCCUAUUUCCGUAUCAGUAGUGUCAGUUCUGUCCAUCUUUAGACAGAAAUUAUUGGAUGAGAGUGCUAGCUGAAGGGAAGGGUAAAUGCUUUAGUUACACUGUACUAUUUCAUUCUUAAAAGAACACUCCAAACACAAUAACCACUGCAACUCAACUGAUUGCAUGGCAUUUAAAUAAUGUUAACACCUGCAGUGUACAUACAGACUUACAGUUGUGUAAAGUACAACACAUAUAUGCUUACAGUAGAGUAAAGUAUGACACAUACAUGCUUACAGCAGUAUUGAAGGAAUGAUCCCCGCCCAACUUGGGAGGGAAAGCAAUGAGGGUCCCAGCUGAGGUAAGUGCACACCCAGGUUUCUUUAUUACUACCUGUGUCCAAUGAGUUGCAGAAAACAAUGGAUUCUAAGUCCGUUCCUGCCUCCAUCAAGUCCCAUCCCUUCUCACUCUAGAAUGCAUGCUCCCUUCCAUGUGGAAUGUGGAGGAAGAAUUUACGUGAAUAACAAGAAUAACUAGAAGAUCUGUUUGGAGAAGCAAAGCCACCUAUUUGGGGGAGAAAUAUGGCCAACUAUUUAUAGAAGUGGGGGUUUAAUUGGCAGGGGAAUGCCAAUCUAAACCGAGAAGGGAGAUGGUUAGUUGGCAGGCAAAUGUGGUAAAAUCUAAUAUCGUCAGGAAUAAUGUUAAUUGCCAAGGAAAUAUGGCAGUCUAAAUUGAAGAAGGAGAUUGUGAACUGGCAUGGGGAUGUUUGGGUCCUGUGACUAUAGAGUUGGUUAUUUGGUUGUGGCAAGUGGGGACAUUUUUGGGAAAUUUUUAGAGGUAAAAUGUGUGCCAGUGGCCCUAUGUUCUAUCCUGGAUCUACCUCUGUCCUCACCAUGCACAGGUGAAUCAUGAUGUCAUUUCCCUGCAGCAGACACUGGUGCAGGGGUAGGCAACCUUUCUCACCCCAGAUAUUGUGGACUACAUUUCCCACAUUGCAUUGCCAGCAUUAUGGCUGUAGGAUCAUUUUGGGAGACAUAGACAAAAACAUCUAGAAUGCUAAAGGCAGUGGCGUACACAAGUUCCAUGGGGCCCCGGUGUGAAAAUUGAUCCGUGGGGCCCCUCCAGCGCGGGCCAGUGCUGCUACACAUGGCGGCAGGCACCUGGUCGCAGGGCUGCAACCCCUGCAAUCGUGGUGUGCCGCCAGUGCAUGCAGAUACACUUAAAGGACCACUAAAGACACUCCGAUCACUUCAGCUCAAUGAAGUGGUCUGGGUGCCAGGUCCCUCUAGUUUUAAUCCUGCAGCUGAAACUGCUAUGUUUCACUGAGGGUUAAUCCAGCAUCUAGUAGCUGUCUCACUGACAGCCGCUAGAGGCGCUUCUGCGAUUCCGCUGGACGUCCAUAGGAAAGCAUUGAGUAAUGCUACCUAUGGGCGGUUUGAAUGCGCGCAUGCACAUUCGGAGCUGAGAGGCGGAUCGGGGCGGAGAGAUCCCCAGCGCCAAGGGAACCCGGCGCUGGAAAAAGGUAAGUGCUGAAGGGGUUUUAACUACACACAGACGCAUACACACUAGCUAACAGACACACACAUUUACUGACAGACACACACUCAGUGACAGAUACAUACACACUUACUGAUAAAACAUACGCUCACUGACACACAUUCACUAACAGACACACUAACACACACACACUCACUGACACACACACACUGACACUCAAUAACAGACACACAAACACACUCAGUGACACACACACAAUAACACUCACUAACACACUGACGCUCAGUAGCAGACACACACAAACACACUCAUUAACACACACACACAGUUACACUCUCACAUUUUUUAAAAUUUUUUUAUUUAAUCCCCCAGCCUCCCUACCUUUGGGAGUGCUGUGGGGAUUCCUGGGGUCCAGUGGGGUCCUGCUGGGCGGGCGUGCGUGAGGGAGCACUCUCCCCUGAGUGCUCUCUGCCCAGCUCCCUUGCGCUGCUUACUGAUGCUGGAGCCGGGAUAUGACGUCAUCCUCCCUCGCGCGCGCCCGCCCAGCAGACUGGCCGCCGGCAAACUGAAACCACUGCCAGCCUCGGGGGCCCCUGAGGUGGCCGGCUCCUGGCCCCCCCAGGAGAAGAGGCUGGCAAAAUGUGGCUACACUGGUGUGCAUACUGGGUCGCAGUCGCGACCCCGGUAUGUACGCCACUGGCUAAAGGUUGUCUACCCCUGCACUAAUGCAUGAGAGAGAAGUGGACAGCCUGCAGAGUGGACACUGGACAGGUUGCAGACCCAGAGCUAGUCCAGGCUGUUGGUAAUGUAAACAUGUAAUUGAACUGUGCAGUGUCAGAAUAAGUUUAGUUUGUGUGUGCGUGUGUGUUUGUCAGAGAGUGUGCUGUGUGGGGAGGGAGGGAUCAGAAAUCUGCACUUUUUUAAUUUAUAAAAGUGAAGAUUCAUGUUGAAAUGAGAAAUGCAGUCAACAUUUCAAUCCUAUUAAAAGCUUUUUCAUAAAAUGUGAGAUAAUGCAGGUUUUUGUUUUGCUUGUUUGUUGUGAAAUUCCAUGAGUGAAAUCCAUCAUAGUGGGGAAAUAAGUUUAAAUUUCAAUAUGUUCUUUCCACUUGUAUAUCUGCACACAAUACUGAGGCAAUGCACUAUAGGGUUGGUAUAAUUUUUUUUUUUUCCAGGACUGCUUUUUAUUCCUAGUACGGCUUUGUUGAAGCGUUGCCUCAAUCUCCAAUAUCUUAUGACCUUAACCCUGCCUACAAGCCUACGUUUAGCAAAGCUGGUGCAGAAGGGGACAGUUGUCAUUUGGCAGGGUGAGGGGUGCUAUAGAGCUAGGUCAUGCAGAGAGAAGCAGUAAAGACUCUCCACCACUAGCACCAGGGACCCAGGCCAGUUCAUUUUAUCACUUGCAUUUUUUUAUUGUGGGUGUAAGUGGCGGCGUCAAGUCCUUACAAAGUCUAGAGCUGAUUGGCAGUAUGGAAAUUUGGUAGGUGAGGACAUAUGAUUUUAAUGAGAUUUAGCAACUGACUCCCUUUUUAAAGGACUUGCAGGGGCUGGACUGGUGCGGCAGAAAUCUACACUGGUUUGUUAGAAAGGUGGCAUUCUGAGACAGUGCCAUCACCGGUAUGGGCCAAUCUCCAACUAUUGUUUGGCUAUGACCACUGUCUACUGAGAGGUUAGUUUUAUAGAGAAACCCACUAAUUAUUUGUAGCCAAUGGUAACCUAUAGUUAUUCACAUUGUAUUGUUCAUAGUGAAGCCUUGGAGAUUGGCAGUGGUCUAUGUUUUCUACUAGGCUGAGCGUGCAAUGGCGGACCUGCCCCCAGUGUUAAGCUAUCAUUACCAUUGAGAUUAGAGAGUAUUGCACUUAAUCAUCAGCCUGGUUGAAGCCACUGGGAAAGAUCCAGUUUUUGUUGAACCAUUCCAAAACCGCUUGCAUAAAAAUAUAACGGCACACUUGCACCUAUAGACUCCAUGCCUCUUAUACGAGAAUCAUACAAAUAUGUAAACCCUUCUAUCUUUUUACGGCAGUAAGCCGCAUUCCAACGCAUCAUGUCAAUACAAACUGAAAUAGGCAUGCACAAGGGAAUUCUUUCCCUGUAUUUUUUUUUUUUUUUUUAUAUGUAUAUAAAUUGAAUAUUGAUUAAAUACCUAAUUAGAAGUGGCAUGUGUUUUUCCUCGAACAGACUAAACUCGAUGAGUUGUACAUGUGGGAGAGAUCUUUUGAUCCCCCUGUCAGCCAGGGUAGCAUCUGACACUCCAGCUAAAUUAGCGCACACCUAUGCAAACAUUUUUGGCAUGUUCGUUGCCUUGAAUAAUACUUUUAUUAUUAUUGUCAUUUAUAUGGUUCUAGUUUACCCCAUAUAUUUUUGUGAGUAUUAAAAGGGAUACUCUAGGCAGCAAAAUAACUUUAACCAUUUAGUGUGUAGAUCAUACCCCUGCAUGGUCACUUAUCAACUCUCUGAUAAUUCCGAGUUAAAUUACUUUGUUUAUGCAGCCGUAACCUUACCUCCCCUGGCUGCGAUGGAUGUCCCCCUCUAUUAAAAAAAAAAAAAAGUAAAAUUUUUCCACUGAUCUUUUUUUCAAAGUAUGUUUUUCUUUAGAUGUUUAAAUGUUCUGCUUUGUUAAUAGAACGUUAAUCAUCACAAGAGGCUGCUGUUGACACAAAUAGGCAAUUUUGCAGUGAAGUGAAAAGGACUUCUAUGUGAAACACACUGUGCAAUAAGGGAUUUUAUUUAUUUAUUUUUUUUUAACAAUUUUACCUUGUUUUUGGAACGUGUGUAGUGAGGUAUGCGAGUCACAGAUAAGGGAUUUGUUUUUAAGGCUCCAUAAAUAAAGUGAUUUAAAAUGUUAAUGGCAGAUAAUUCAGCAGUGAGACUGAAUGUGGCAUGUUCUAUACACCAAAUUUGCUUCAAUAAGCCAGAGUUGUUUCAGUACUCUGUGUCCUAUUGUUAUUUUUCUUUGCAUUGUGUGGUUUGUAUGAGGUAAUUUGGUAUGUUCAUAUAAAUGUAUCUUAAAUCUGAAGUUAUCUAGUUCUAGCCAUUGUGCGUGCUCUAGCAUUUGACCUUCUUGCUUGUUAUUUCCGCACCUUCUCUCAUCUCUUCUCUACAGCUGGCAAAAUAAAUUAAGUAACUAAUUCCGUAACUAUUUCCUUUUAUGACUUUAGCCUACAGGAAGACACUGUGGAGUGUAGAUCUUGCUGCCUUUUAUGACUUGUAUUAGAUAAAAAGAAAGCCAUAUACCUAUGCAUUUUGUACUGUAUGCAGGAUUAGACAAGCCCUUAUGUAGAGAAUAUAAACAAGCGCAAGCAGCAAAAAUUGCAUAUAAUAGUGUAAUACCCUCAGGCAACACCAAACUAAUUUAAUAAAUAUAACUAUUGCUUAGAAAAAGACAGGAUAAUAGUGCAGGAGAUUAGAACAUAUAACAUCAUUGCUUUUAUUUAUAUGUAACUUAAAAGGUGUUUUUACAAAAUAUAGCAAACAUCACUGGUAGCUGCUUACAAAAUGAGCUUUGUCCCUUAAUAUGUAAUGUCCCCAGGGGCUCCAGAAUUCUCUGGGAUGUGUAGCCGUAAAAACAAGUAAACGAUGCCAUAAAAGUAUCCAUCAUGUUUUUCAUCAUCUGUAUUGACAUAUUUCCUUUGUGAUUAUAAGGUACGAGGGUAUUGCCAUCAUUUGUUUACUGGUUUUAUACUUACACUUUAUAUUGAGCAUUGGUGGAAUUGUGUUGCUUUAGUAUAAUUCCAUAAUUCUUGGACUGGAUCUUGAAUGGCUGUAUAUCACGAGAGGUAAAGCCUUUAGAAGGUAGACUGCUGAUGUAAUGAAGACCAGUCAGCAGAUCACCUAAGUAACUAGGCAGGGAUAUUAAGCUGGUAACUUACUUCGAAAAAUAGGAAGACUCAGGGAGAGUUAGUCGGCUGUAGGAUAUUGACUUUGCAAUGGAAACCCAAAUUCGUUCGUUAUUUUGUGAACACUGCUUUUGUUACAUUCCCAAUCUCUAGAUCCAAGCAACCCUUUCAGUGUCAUGAAUGUAAGGAAACCAAGUAUAUUUAAACCUCAUUCGGUAGUUUCCUCCCGAACCGCCAGAGCCUUAGUGAUUAUAGCCCUCCGUUCGGUAGUUAGGGUAGACGAAUCCUAUAGCAAUUCCAAUAGUCUCACCAGAUAAUUCCCUCAGUGAAACACACGAAUCCCCAAACAUCAGCCGAAGUCAAGAAGAAGGGUACAAAAUGAACUGUCCUUUAAUGGGUGCACACAGCUUUUAUGCAAGUCCCCAUGCAAGGGGACAGCCCUCAGGGAGGGACAAACAAUAACCAAUCACAAACAGUAAAAUGUUAACACACACCUACAAUUCCCUCCCCUAGCCCAGGAGAUAAUUUAGUCUGAUAAAAUAGUAACUUAAUUAUCUCCGGGCUGAAAAAUCACUUUUCCCCAACUUUCAGAACACCCCUUUAUACUGGGGGUAUCCCCUGAUAGCCCUGAUCUGGGUGACCAACAUAUUCGAAUUUCACCCAGAUCGGUUCAGGGGUUCGCAAAUUUUAUGGAAGUCUUGUGUGACCGGCUCACCCUGGGCUGCAUGCCCAAAACAAUUCCACGAAUUUGGUGGGUUUUGCCGGUCACUUUCGAAAAACAUAAAAACAAAUAAAAGUACCGAAUGGAUCCCUCUGGCUCCUAGCAGCGUUCGUGCCCCUCUGUCGAAUGCACCAAAGUACCGAAUAGUGCUCUUCUAGUUAUUCGGCAAAUAGUUCCAGCGUUCGUCUGUUUGGGACCGGUGUUCGGGAAGUCGAGUGUCCGUAAAACAGUUCCAUGCACUCGACGACCAGGUCCCACUGCCUUUGUUCGCAUGAACAAAGAUGGCCGCGGUUUUCUCUGCCACGUGGCGUUCGAUUAACGAACGCUGACUGCAGAGGUAGAAAUUUCACCUAAACCUUUGAUGUUUAAUGAGCCAGAGGGUGAUCCCGGUUCGGUAGUUUCAUCUACCGAAUGCAAUAGGCAGCAAAUAGAGGAUAAAAGGGAAUGCAAACUGUAAAUCACAUAGCGAAUAGGGGGGUUUCUUCACAAUGAACAAUGCAGAAUCCUAUGAAAAAUACUACACCUUGCCUAAAAAGUCUAUAUUUAACGUGCAAAACUUGUGCUGUGUUUGAGUUUGUCUAUAAAGCUAUGCAAUACAGCAAAAGUAUACUGUACACAGAAGACCAUUUAUUUUUCUUAUCUGUUCCUGUGGUUAGGAAGCUUCCAUUUCUGGAUUUCCUGCUCAUGCUGUUUAUUAACUUGUGCAGGUCUGUACUCUAUGUACACAUUUUAUUCCUGGGACAUGUUCUGUGUUUUCAUUACCCUUCAUUUCCUAUUUUAAGAAUCUAACUGUUAUAACCACACUAUAAUAACUAGCUUGAGCAAAUAUAACAUUUAUGAACUUUGAAAAUGUUAUUCUAAAAUGCUAAACUUUAAAGGGACACUCCAAGAACCAAAACAGCUUAAUCUAAAUGACGUUUUUUUGAUGCCAGUAGGAACCUGGAGGCACUCUUACCUUCAGCGGUUUAACCCCAAAAUUGUCUCCAGUGCUGGUCUCCACUCUGGAACUGGCUUGCAAAGAAAGCAAAAAAUGGGGUGCAAAAGAAUACUGAGAAUGGGCAUCAGCUGAAAUAGCCUGCCUUUCAGUGGGUCCCUGCUCAGAUCUCAAGCUGGUUUUAGCACCUCUUGUGCCAUUUGCUUGUCAGUUUUGUGAAUAGGGAGUCACUGAUUGGCAUCAGUGUCAGCUGACCACUCUCAGCCAAUCAUCUGCUCCCCUGCUCGGUGGCACUCUGCACUUCCUUUAAGUGAAAAAUCAGAAGCAGAAUGCCUCCAAGGGAGGAGAGGACACCAGCACUGGAGGCAAGUUUGUGUUUAAACCGUUAAAGAGUGGUUUUACACCAUGAAGGUAGGGGUGCCUCCAGGGUCCUCCGAGCACCCAAACAACUUCAUUUAGAUGAAGUUAUUUUAGUGCCUGGAGUGUUUCUUUAAUGCAAUAUAUCCAUUAAAAGUAAAAAAUGCCCAAUUAAUUGUGAAUCUUAUACCUUUGAUUUACUGAAUCCCAACCUAUUCUCACUGGCUACCCAAGAGUUUGACAAAUUUCCUUUUGAAUCUAAGAGCCAACUAUUUUCUAACUAACAGAUUUAUUUUCCAAUGACAAAAAUACAAUUCUUCAAGGGACACUAUUAAUCAGAACCACUACAGCUUAAUGUAGUGGUUCUGGCGUCGAUAGUCAAUGCUGGCUUUUCAAUGUAAACAUUGCCUUUUUCGAAAAAAGCAGGGUUUGCAUUGCCUCCUAAUAACACUUCUAUUGACUGUCACUGAAAUUCCCACACCUCCUGUUAUUUUAAUAUGCAGAAAAAUGAUGUGCAGCUGCAGUCCGUAACCGGGCAUUUGCUCCCCCCUACCAACUCUGCCAACCAUCCCAUGAAUACAGGGGUUUAUCCCUGGGUGCAAACCAUAACUUUAUUCUAUGAAGUAACGGAAAUCCACUCACAUUUUGGCCAGUAGUUACUUGAUUGCUGGUGCUGGACACUCUCCAAUCAAGUAUAUAAAGCUAUGUGGGGAAAAAUAAAUAUUAUCAGGCUCAACCAACCACUGAUGAUUAUUGAAGGGUUAUUCUACAUGCAAUUUCAUUGCAUCAUAUCAAUACAUCCCACCCACCUCAGCCAGGAUCCCCCUGCCCAUGGUCAUAGUUAAAUUCCAGCAAGGUCACUCAUCUUGUUAGGAUGUAAAUUCCCAGUACAGUGAGUUGAUGACUCUUUGGUCAUCAAGCCACCAUACUCGAAACUAAAGAAACUUUUAAUCCCAAUCACAAAACUGACAUAUACAUCUGAUCUGUAAAAAUUCUCCAAAACAGUCAGUCACAGCAUGGCUAUUUUAGCUUCCCUUUUUGCAAACCAGUUGUUUAAUAGUUACAAUUCAGAGUUUAGUAGAUAAACCCAUGUGUGUGUGUGAAACUCCCCUAGUCAUGCACAGCCUAUCUUAUGCUUCUUAGGUUAGCAAUCUGUGUGCACUGUGACCAGAUAACCUAAGUUUUGAGCAACCAUUUUAUCAGCUACAAUAAGAUUACAUUUGGAUGAUUAAUAGUGCACUUUUAAAUAGUGUUACAUAAAACCAAGAGACAGUACCCCAAUAUUGUAUUUAAAAUAACAACUACACAAAGCUGCAAUGGUUAUGUUGUGUUAACUCAAGAUAUUUCUCAAUCUGUAACCGUCAAUGCAAUAAUUAAAUCAGCUAACAGAAAGGGAAGAAAAUUGUAAACAAGACUUUUAUAUAUUUUUUGCUCAAAAUGUAAUGUUUUUGACAAAAAGUCAGUGUAAUGAAACCAAUGUUAUUUGGGACUUUUAUGUUUUAUUGGUUCUGUAUUGUAACUACCGAACACCGACCACCCCCCUGGCUCAUUAUCACCAAAGAGAACAGUCAAAUAAGUGUUCUCCCUGUGUGGCCGCUGUUCAUAUAGUCGAACACCACGUGCAGGAGAAAAUGGCGUCCAUCUUGUUCGCACGAAAGGAGGCAGCGGGACUUGGUCAUCGAGUGCCUGGAACUAAAAUCGGACACUCGACUUCCCGAACACCGGUCAAACCAUACGAACGCCUGCUUCCUUUUCCCAAACAGCCAGGAGAGCGCUGUUCGGUAGUUUGGUUCCCACGAACUAGGGGAACAAUCGCUGCUAUAAAGCAGGGGGUAUCAUUCAUGCAUUUGUUCAUUUUUUAGAUUUUUCGAAAUAUACUGACCGCACAGCCUAAACUCAUGGAACUGUUUCUGGGCAGGAGCCUGGUGUGCGGUCGGUCAAAAUAAGACUUUCAUAAAAUUCCAAAACCGCUGAACUGAUCAGGGUGAUGUAAUGGAUCGCCUGGCACCCCGACUGGUUUCCUCCGUUAAAGGAUGCUCCUAGCGUUUCCUGAGGACUCCAAGUACUCUGGCAGACACCACAAUCACCGAACUGGAGAAGCAUAUGAGUACUUUUAAGCAUAUGAAUGUUGUAUACAGCCGAAUAGGAAAAACCAUGCGAAUAGGUUUACACUCCUAGCACUCAAACUGGAGCAGCAUACAAUAAAUCCUCCCCCAAUAAUGAGACGACACUUCACUUUGAGGGUUAAACAGGAACUGACUGGACUGGCACAUACAGCCUCUUUUAUUCACAAUCCACAAAUAUAGUACUGCCCACAAGGUUUUGAAACACAGCCAAUCAAUCUGUACAAUACACACAGACACUCCCACACAAAAUCCUCCCCCCUAAUUAUCACAGGCAGAAAAAUACAGCACCAUAAAACAUAUCACAGGGACCACAAAACAUGCAACAACCCCAUAAAAAGUAUAUCCUUGGAACCGGUGGACCCAGGUGAACCACAUAUCCAAAAUUCACCCAGAUCCGUUUAGUACUUUGGAAGAUACAGUUUAAUGCAGAUUCCACAGAACAUAUGCAGGCUGAAUGAAAAACAAUUACUGUAUAAUGUGUCCCCUGUUAUAUAGUCCAAAACCACUGCACGAUGUCUCUGUGCACCAAAUACCGGCGAGAUGGCACUGUGUUGAAAAGUCCAAACAGUGUCUGUGAGUUAAAAUGGCCGCCAUCCAUUGUUCUCACCAUGUGCUUCAUCCAUUGUUCUCACCAUGUGCCUUUGAUACAGGAAAUGGCGGCCACCCAGUAACUCCACAGUAUGUCCCCAGAUGGUUCUUAAAGGGCCAGCAGCAGCACAACACAAAUCCAUUAUGCCCAAAUCAUGUCUUUAAAGGGCAAUACAUCCCAGGGGCCAUAGUCACAUGGCAGGAGGCUGGCAAUCAGUCUGCUCCAAUGCCCAGUGGCGAGGUCGGUUUUGCCAGAAGUGAUUUUUGAUAUGUUGGUCACCCAGAUCAGGGAUACCAGCAGAUAUAACAUUCAUGGGGAUUUUAUGUGUUUUUAGGUACUUUUCAAGUUUUAUGAAAAAUGUUUUUCCUGUCUGGAGAUAAUUGAGGUUAUUACUGUAUCUGACUCAAUUAUCUCACAGGCAAAGAGGAGGGAAUUAUCUGUUUGUAUUGGGAGUGUCACACUUUGUCACUGUGUUAUCAUUGGUUGUAAACUUUGUGUCCCUGUCCCCCACAAGGUCCAUGGGGGAGUGCCCCUUACAUGGGGACUUGCAUAAAAGCCAGUGUGGCACCCAUUAAAAUCAUUCCUGUUGUACCCUUCAUCUAGUCUAGGCUGAUGUUUGGGUAACUGUCUACUUGCUGGGGAGAACACUACUUGGAUGCUGAAUUCGUCUGGAACCGUUCAAAUCUACACCCGAACUGCAUGCAAUAAUCACUCAGGCUCAGCAGUUCGGGAGGAAAUAGACGACCAGGGUAUCUGGAAUAUCAGCGUUUGUAACAGCCAGCUCUUAAGUUAGAGUGCAUUUUAGUGGCAUUAUAUUGAAGUAUCUGUUUUUUUUUUGACCUCACUGUUAAAUUAAUCAACCUAUGAAAGCAGUAACUGUUAAACGAUUAAACAUUUAUCCCCUGAAGUAUUUUUUUUGUCCGUUAUGAAUCUCAAUAAUUAUACAGUUGUUGCAUUUUCUCCAAAUCUUGUUUGUAGGUAUAGAGUGGGCUUCAGACCUCGGUAUACAACAUCAUACAAAGUUGUAACAGAGUUGGAGUGGAGAUGUUGCCCGGGUUUUAAAGGUCAAGAUUGCAAAGAAGGCCCUACUGAAAAUGCCCCUCAAAUAUCUCUACAAACACCACAGCCUAACGGGGCAAAGAGUGGUUUAGGUAAGAUGAGAAUUUUUGAGUUGAGGUCUGCCUAUUAAUUUCUGAUGCAUAAUGAUAUUAAACAAAAAAUAUUCUCAGCUAAACAAAUAUAAAAGCAAUAAUGUAUACAAAAUAAUUUGUAUCACAAAAUUUAACUAAUCCGUUUUCAGAUCAACAAUUUAAGUCUGAGUUGUUAGUUUCUGCUAGUUCCAGUACUGGAUAGUAGUAUAAAUCACAUGACUUCCAAUACAUUUAUUUAUCAUGUAUACACAAUUCCUUAAGCUUUAAUAGCUACAUAUUCAAAUGUAUUACUUCCUGAAUUUAUUUUUCCUGCAAUAUAAUCCAUUCUUCAAGUCCAGUUAAUUAAGAGUAUCUGACUAAACAAAUGUUUUGUUGUCUUUUUUAAUUUGUUUUUGUGAAGAGUCCACUCUUGAUCACUUGAUCCGUCUACUUCAGAAAGAGUUGUUGACUUGUUACAUUACUACUUAUGAGUAUCUGCCAUGUUCCAAACUACAUCUGCUCUUUUUAAAGAGCAUAAAUUUCCAUCUAAACAUUGUGCUGGCAGAAUUGGUUGCAAAUGUAUAGCUUGGGAGAAAAAACAUUUCUGCCAACUGUCAAUCAAUUCUUCAGCAUAGACUCUAUGCUGAGAAAUUGAUAAAGGAGAGCAGGAGAGACACCUCUCAUCACUUUCCCAUAGCUCAUAUAAUGUGGAAGUAUAGGAACAGAGUGACUUUUUUAAUGUGCUGGUAAAGCAGUCAGCAUGUCUCCAUCACUCAAGAGAUUUGCCCUGCUUGGGGAAGUGUCCACAAGAGAGUGAAAAGACCGGGCGUAGGUGUUACAAAAGUGUAAAUCCCCCACCUCUGUAAUGAGAUCACUGGGAAUGGAGUAUAAGGUAAGUGCUGACCGGUUCCCUUUAAGUCUUUGAUAAAAUUAAAGCAAGGUAAAACAAGGCAAACUGUGUUCUUAAGUGGGGGGAGGGGGGGAGUUCUACUUCCCAUGAGCGAUUGCCCAACUAAAAUAAUUACAAGAGCAGGGCAUACCAUACUUCUGGAAGCCACAAAGAUGUCCAUGCUAAUGCCAAGGACCUACCUUCCUCCCUUUAAAAAUUUAAAAUGUUUGAAUUAUAUGCAUAUUCAUUGUUCCAUCACAAAUUAAACACUGACCAAGUCUACUGUACAUGAUUUCAUAUCAAGAACAUUGAUAUGUGUGCAGUAGAACACAAGGCUCUCAUGCAUUCUAAUUUAAGUGGGGCAGUCUCCUGGGCUGGGGAAACAUGAUUUUGGGUUUAAAAUUUUCACUCGUCAAUAGUCAUUAACCACCAACGAGUGCAAAUUCAGCUUUGGCGAGUAGACAUUUACGAUUGGUAAGUGUUAUGGACCCUCCAGGCUUGAUGUGGCCAGCAACAUCUAAGGUCUGGUUAAUAAUGUAGAACUUGAAAUUUUAAGCCAUGCAUGAAUGAUAAAUUCUGUCCUACAAUAGACGCUAACCCAGCGGUUCCGCGCUGCAACGGGCACUCAGGGGCGCCGCAAAAUAUUUCCCUGGUGCUAUGAUCAUAUGAUCCUAGCACCGGGAACUGUGCCUCACUCUCCCCUGCCAGCUCUGCAGGACCGGAGGGGAGAUCAGAGAGCUCCUUCAACGGCCCACUAGCACUGUAAUGAUAGUCGGCAGGGGAGGAAGAGAGAGGACCCGGGGGAGCUCUAAGCUGCAUCUCCACCGGGUUCUCCUCUCACAAGCUUGUAGCAUUGCUGCAAGAAUGACCUUUAGCCUCAGGAGCUGCUAGAGUUCACUCUCACCACUUUAAUCAACAGGGCUACUCCACCAGACCACCAGUGAUUAGUUCUGUCCCCCCACCAGGCAAAGGUAAGAAGGGAGGAAUUUUUUUUUAUUUUUUUAAAAAUAAAAAUAAAAGUAUAUAUUUAUCUGCUAUGCCCACAGACCCACAAUAACUCCCCCCGUACACACACUCUGCCUUCCCAUAUACACACAUUACCCCCUCACACACACUGUACCCCUCACACAACCUGCCCCAACACACACACACACACACACUUACACACACUAUACACACCACUCAUACAGCCUGCCUCACACACUCACUACAUCCUUCACACACUGCACCCCUCACACAUACACACUACAUCCUUCAAACACUGCACCCCUCACACACACACACACACACACACACACUACAUCCUUCACAAACACACUGAACCCAUCACACGCACAUACUGCAACCGUCACACACACUGUACCCCUCACAACCACAUAUUACACCCCUCAUAUAUACACACACACACACUACUGCCCCUAUCCUAGUGGCUAUUGUGCCUGGAUUGUUUCUUUAAAUAAUCUACCAGUGCCCUUCCCAAGAUUAGGUUCUGGAUCUGCGCCUCAACGGCAAGCAUUUCUGCUGAACAAGGGCAGUGCUGCACAUAUAUACAACCUAGAAAAUUAUUUUGACAUAGGGCACCUUGGAAAAAUAUUGAAAUAUUAAGGGUGCCUUGAACCUAGAAAGUUUGGGAACCACUGUGCUAACCCAUAUAAUUGUAUACAAAUAGCCAGUUGAGUUUUUGUUUUUCAUUUUUUUUACAACUGUUCUUUACCUAUUGUUUAUUUUUUACAACAGGACCACAGAAAGAAAUUCUGAACCCCAGAAAGGAAUUCCAGGAAUUAAAUGAAGCACAGGAAAAAAAAAUUCAGUUUCUUGAAGAUGAAAUGCUUCGACUUACUCAGACCAUCAUUGACUUACAAACAUCUGUGGCGGGAGUAAAUGAAAACCUAAAAAUCACAAUUCAAGAAGAUGCAAGUAAAAUUAUAUCCUCAUGGCUUAACAAUUUGCAGCCUACAGCCAGCGCUACUGGAGGUAAAACAGAGACAAUAUAUUUACCUCCAUUUUCAGGAAGUGCUGAAAGAGAGGAUGGAAUGAGAGAUAUACUUUCUGAAUUACAGAAUGCAAGAGAAGAGUUAAGAAACAAAAGUGAAUUAAUAGAGGAAUUAAACAGAAAGGUUAACUCCUAUGAGGAACGUUUGAUUGAGUUCGAGGAAGCUUCAAAUGCUCCUAAACCCACAGUAUCUGGUCCUAAUAUUAAUCAGAUAUACAUAGAAGAAAAGGUUGAUGCACUAAGAAAUGAAAUCUUGGAUGGAAUGGACCGAAAAAUGGCAGAUCUUAAGAACUCUUGUGAAUAUAAAUUAAUUAAUGCCCAACAGGAGUGUGAGGAACAGGAGUCUAGUUGUUUAGAAGUGACAGAGCUUCUCAAAGAGAAGGAAACCGCUCUCCGGAAUGAAAUAAAUGAACUAAGAACCCUGUUUCAAAAACAACCAGAUGGUAAAGGCUGUUGCAAAAGUGAUGGUUUUGAGAAUAAAUUUAAAAACUUGAAUCAAAAGGUUGAAGAGAUUGCUGAAGCGCACAGAGUCCUUAAUGUUAGGAUAGAUAAUGAGGUGUCCCAUUUUAACACCAUUAAAUUGGACAAUACAUUUGAUGAAAGACUGAAUGAGUUAGACUUUAAGAUUAAUGUUACCGAGAAGAAUGCGGAGGAGCACUGCUAUUAUAUUGAAGAAUCAUUGAGAAGCUUGAUUGAAUCUAAUCAUGAAGACAUUAAGAAUUUAAUUGACCGUAAACUCCAUCCAGUUCAAGACAAACUAGGAAGUAUUUUAUUGGAGAUUUCCAAUUAUUCUACUGGUGGAAAUUAUUUUAGUAAUGAUCCCAGUGAAUAUUUAGAUGAACUCCGCCAUUUGAAGUUAACAGUUCAGCAGGUUGAGAACCAACUGGAAUCCAUCUUACAAGCAAAGCAAGGCGAACACGGAAGUAAUGACUGGUAUAGUAACAAUUAUCAAAUCUUGCUUCAGAGAGAAAGUGAUAAUGCCGUUCUUUUGAAGUCACUAAAUGAUACUUUCAAUGAAAGGUUUGAACUAAUUCAAAACAACAAACUAGGUAUUGAGGAAGUUCGGAGUGAACUGGGCUCGCUUCGUUACAGCCUCAGCAGGACUGAAGAUGAUGUGAAUGCAUUAAAUAAUGCAAUGAGUCUGUUUAAUGACCAGCUGAUAGAGGUAAACUCUACUGCUACGAACUCCAAUAUGGGACUUUCUUCAAAACUAGAUGAAAUGAGACAUCUCUGCAACCACACCUCCUUACCUGCUUCAAAUGACCAAUGUUGUAAGAGUCUUAAGGACAAAUUUGAACUUCUAAACAGCAAAGUAUCUGCUGACAAAGGAAAAUGCUCAGACAACGCUCGGGUUGAUGCAAGGCUGUCUAAGUUGGAAAAUGUUUGCGGGAAACUAGACACCAUAUCUGGCAGCCUGCAAAGGAUUAAAGAUGGGCUUAAUAAGCAUGUUACCAGUUUGUGGAACUCUGUACGUAUCCUUAAUGGGACAAUAAAAUCUCAUACAACUGACAUUUACGGCCUCAAUACAUCUGUCCAGGUCUGUAACACCCGGGUCAUCAAAAUCACUUCUGAUCUUCAAGAUCUUCUCAAGAAUAAACCAGGUUCAGGUACGUUUCACCUAAACUUUUUAGCUCCUAAAACAAAUGCAAAUAUUUCUCCAAAACAGAGUUAACAAAAAGUUACUGUUUGACCCUUUUAAGUGAAAUCAGAAACGUAAAAAUGCACAAUAAGAGGCAUACUUUUAACAUUGCAAAUUACACAGAAAUAAUAAGUCUUUCCUCUGUUUUACCAAAACUGACUUAUAAUGUAUCUUGGUAUUUAGGUUUUUUCCAAAUGGAUUGUAAUGCACACUCAAAUCUACUUCGGACAUCUUAUUUUAGGUACAAUAUUGGUCUUUGUAUCUUUGAGUUUAUAACAACCCUUCCACUACAAAUUGGAAACAUGGGAUGCAAGCUUAGGGGUGUUUGAAAUUAGGACAAAACAUAAAUUGAGAAAACCGCAGCUCAAAAAUGCCUAAAAUUGAAAUUGUGUACCUGUUUAGUUUUUCUUGUAUUUAAUUUUUUUUGGGCAGCAUUUGUAGAAAUAUUGGGAGUUAUAAAUAAAUUCGAUGUUAUAUAUUACUUCCAUUGCUUUCAGACAUAGGAGAAUACAUUUUCAUGAGAAAACAUUUAAUUUGAUUAAAAAAACUGCAUUUUCCCAUCACCAGUCAUUGUAUUUACAUUUUGUGAAUACUUUUACCCAAACACAAACAACACACUUAACCCCUUAAGGACCAAAUUUCUGGAAUAAAAGGGAAUCAUGACAUGUCACGCAUGUCAUGUGUCCUUAAGGGGUUAAUGGGAGUAAAAAUAAUAAUAAUAAUAAUACUAUUGCUAACCUCAAUAUAGUGGAGGAUUCAUCAUCUCAAAAUAAUGGAAAAGCACUGUAUUAGCAAAGCACUAUAAAGCGAGAUACUACUGUAUAGGGCAGUGGUAGGCAACUCUUGGCACUCCAGAUGUUAUGGACUACAUCUCCCAUAAUGCUCUUACAGCCAUAAUGCUGGCAAAGCAUCAGGGGAGAUGUAACCAUACAAAAUCAAGGUGGGAGAAGCAUCCUGGAAACUCCUUUACUUUACCUGUGGACCAGACUGCUGUGGUUGAGAUACUUGACCAAACUGCAUGCCUUCAGAGCCGAAGCUUGCUAUAAGUGGCUCUGGUAAAUGUAAGUAGUUCUAUGAAAAAGCCUUGCUAUUAAUACCUUUAAAAAACGUUUUAUACCAAGUAUUUGUCUUUAUGUUUCAAUAAAGAUCUGGACAAAUGUAUACCUAUUGAGAAGACCAGUAUAAGUACUCACUGUUAGUAUUACAUGUGCACCCCCCACCUUGGUUUUGUAUUGUUAUAUUUUAUGUUUGUGCCAAAUUAGGUGAUCAUUGGCACUGGGGAUAAUGUGCAAUUAUUUGCUAGUGCCAAGUACACCUUGUUGUUACUAUUCUGGAGUGCCAAAGGUCGCCUACCCCUGGUAUAGGGGAUAAGAAAACAAAGUAAUAAUAGCCUAUGAAGUGACAUUUUCCUAUAAAAGCCGAUUUUUCAAUGCAUCCAACCAUGUACGCAAUAUACCAAACAUUUUGAAUGCAGUGGAUGUUACAGUAAUAUUCUUGGCAUUAGUAAAAAGUGAUAUAGCGCCCAAUCUAUCAAACCACCAAUAUACAAAGACUAACGUUACCCGCUGUUAUCAGACAAGGCAACAUAAUCUGAAAAUGACUGAGAGAAUGUGUCUGUGACAUUUGAACAGCAUUUACUCUCUGGCGUUCAGAAAAACACAUCAUUACUGAUACUGCAUAUGCACAGACACUUAUUUUAGCUAUGAGAACUUGGGAUGUUUCCAAACUGAAAUCAUGCAAAACAUUUCAUGCAAUCAAAUCAGUGAAUUUACCCAACAAUUAUGAGCAGUGGGAAAAUAAAAAUUAACAUAAGAAGUAGAUCAAAUGUUUAAAUUGAUUGCACAUCUCUACGAAAUUAAAGUCUGUGAUUACUGAAUGCUGCCUCGAAUCAGCUUGAUAUUUGCAAGUCUACUAUUUUCUGAUGCAUAUCACUUGGUAAGAAAAAUAAGGCUUGCUGUGAGCAGCCAUCUUGCUUUGUAAAAGACUGCAGAAAAGCGAGAUCUUUUCUGUUUUGUGUUAUGCUUCACUCUUAUUCUUCUUCUUCUUAUUAUUAUUAUUAUAUAGCGCCAACUUAUUCCACCGCGUUUUACAAUUUUUUGAAAGGGGAACAUGUAAUAAUAAGUGAAACAUUACAGAUUGAUACAAAAUCAAUAGGGAGAUGAGGACCCUGCCCAAACGAGCUUGCAGUCUUGUUCAAUCAGGAAUGUGAGUGAUACUAGUGAAAAUCUCAUCUCUCAUACUAUACAAUCUAGCUUUGAACAGUUUGUUUAAACAUAAAUUUGACGUGUCACUAUAUACUAGUAUGCAGAGUAUAUAUUUGUCAAGUUAAUUUGCAGUGAAGGUGUGAUCAAAGAAAGGCAUCCAAUGUUUUUAAUUAGAGAGCAUGAUAAAUCACUCUAAACAACUAUUAAGAUGAUAAAAGAUAAUAAAUCGCAGGAAUGGGGAAUAGAUAGAAGUUAUGUGUAGUGAUCUGAGAAGAUCACUGUUAAGCUUCCAGUCUGUUGUGUAUUUGUGACCAUCAAAGGACAUAAUAUGUAUUCAAACAAACAUACAAACUUAAACCUGAUGUUGCCAUUUUACAAGCUGCAUAUAAAGCUUUGGUAGUCUAGUGAAAUGGAUAUGUCCCUAACCAAAAAUUUUCCGCUAAAUGCUCAGUAGGCAACAAAGCCAGUUACAAAUUUCUUCUCUGGCUCACAAAUUCGAAGCUUGGAGGUUAGUUGACUAUCAGUAACCCAGUGUGGAACGUGCAAUUAUUUAAUUUCUAUGUAGGAAUUUAUGGAUUAGAAGACAUUUAGCACCACAUUCUUCUCAGUUUUGCAUUCUACAGAAACAUGUGUUUCUGCCCAUCGAGAUUUUCUUCCUUAUAAGUACAUUGUACAUAGGAUUGAGAAAAUCACAAAAUCCUGCUUUUAGUGGUAGAUGUAAAUGUGUAACUGGUCAAUGCAAAGUAUAACCAGAUUUUCAGAUAGCUGUAAGAUUAGGGUAAUUUCACAGUGUUGAAACCUAAAAAUGUUUACCGAAAAGCAUUGCAUUUCUCAAAUGUCUGUGUUUGUUUCCUUAGGUUAGCAUGAAUGAGUAACCAUUGUACGGGGUUGCACCGUGGCAAGUUACAAAGGUGCAAGUACAUUUGGGAAAGGAUAGAUUCUAUGGGGUUGGUUUUACUAGCUGAAUUGCAGCUGCCAACAUAGAAACAUUUUAUAAAGUGAUCAUAACUCCUUCAACCUAAACAAAUAAACUGUAGAUGUUGAAAAUUUAUAUAAAACUCCCUAAAUAGGAAGGUAUGGGAUCAUGAACAAUGGGUGGACGGGAACAAUAAGGUGCGUCCACCUGGAUGGUGGCCAUGUCCGUUGAACUGACUGCCAGACCAGCCUCACUCGGAUCUCUGCUGAGAAGUGCGAACACUUCUUAUAAAACCCUGUUGAUAGCAAUAUAUGCAUAAUAAAGCCCAGCUAUAAGAGCUGCUAAACAUAUAGCCUAUCAGGCACUAUACAACCUGUGAUCCCUGCUGUUUUGAGCGAUGAAAAAGGGCCAGGGUACUAUUAUUGAGGCACUUAGAAUUAGGUUUUAUUACUCUUUUUCCUAUAUCUUUUUAUAAUCGUAUAGCAGCAGCAGAUGGAAGAGAGAUUGCACACCACAGUCCAAUGAAUCUCUUGCACACAAAGUAAAUAAAGACCAGGUACCAACCUAUCACUGGUUAAUAGUAGAUCUUGGCUAUCCCAUACCCCCCUCAACAUUGGCAUCCCAAGAAGUGGGAUGCUGGUGGUAGGGGUGAAAGGGGGCAAGUCAAUGACAUGAUCGCAACACUGGCUCUACCCUACAGGGUGGACCCACCCAUUAAGGGGCUGUGUCCACCCAAAUUACUGACUGGUAUCCUGUGUGAAUACAUGUCUGGCUGCCUGCCAGUCAUUGCCAAUGUAGCCUACUGAGGGCAGGACUUGCGAGGAGCAAUGUUUCAGAGCCCCCUACAAUAGCCUAGUUUCCUGCGUACAGCACGUCUAAUGAUGUGAAUGUUGUGCAGUAGAGAACAAAGUUGGGAUGAUUGGACAGAACCCGAAAUAACUGGAUUGUCCUGUCUAAACUGGAAUAGUUGGGGGAGCAUGUUUAACCUUAUAGUUUUACUUCUAAUGGUGAGCCCAACGCACUGUCAUUAAAAGGUCCUAGGAUCCUAGAUCCAAACUGAGUUUCCACGACAUGUUUGUUUUAAUUAAAUGUUUUAUUUAGUAACCCUUUUAGUCGCACAGAAGAGAGCAAAGUUAUGUACUAAUCCCAGUAAUGCUCUGAAGGUGUCAGAAUAGUGAUUGGUGCACAUACAAGGUCAGGUUACACUACUUGGAUUGCUGGCUCAGGUUUGCAGGUAUAAUGGUUACUGUUUAUGUGGAAAUACAGGCAGCACUGGCUCUCUAAAACACAGCAAAAAGCAACUAAAUAUGAUUUAGUUAAGCGCUGUCAGCUCUUUAUUUUUUGGCAGUGUUGCUUAGUGAAAGGAGCCCAAAAUGAGAAGACGUCAACAGCCAAAUUCAUCACAGAGCCAGCAAGUCUGCACUCUGCCUUCUUAGUUAACCGGUAAACCAACUCUGUUCUAUUUGUCUCCUUUAUUUCUGCCACCUUUCACGGACAUUCGUUUGGAUAUUUAUUGUACUAAUUGAUUCCACAGAGUUGUCUGGUGAAACUUUAAUUUUUUUGGCAGGUCAUGUAUUUGUUUUAGGAUAUCACCCAAAAAAAUUGUUAAUUUGCAGGAAAAUAAUAACUAGUUAAAAAAGAAAUAAUGAAUAUAUCUUUGCAAAUGCAGUUGCAUAUAUCUUAUCAAAAACCCAUAUAAAAUCUAAAUAUUGUAAUAAAAAAAAGGGUUUCGAUCGCAAUAACAAUGUAAUCCUUUUAAUGUUGGUGCAUUGAGGAGAAUCUGUCAUGGAAAAAAAUAAAAUCAACUCGAGCUCUUUUAAAAAAGCUUCAAAUUUCAUCCAUACAUCGUGCUUAUAGUUUUGAUGGCAAAUGUGUAGGUUUGGAGAAAUGCAUAUUUAGAAAAAGAUUUUUCUCCAAAGAAUUGGAAGUCUGCCAAAAUCAGAAGAGACCUCUGUCUGUUUGUACUCCAGUGCUAAGUAGUAUAGGAAUGGAGUGACGUUAUGCCACUCUGUUCAGACACCAGAACGCUUGGAAUGAAGUUGGUUUGCUCUGCUUGGGGCAUUUUUAUUUGUUUUUUUUUUUUUACUGCGCCUCCUUUUUUCCCUCUGUUGGUCUCUUCCAUUUAAUCUGUACAUCAAGUCAACAUUUAAUGGCUGUCACCUGACCAUCAAUAAUUUUUUAUUUUUUUUUACUAUCAAUCCUCUUUGUUUUUUUUGUUUUUUUUAAUUCAUUUCAAAAAAAAAAUUGGUACAACAAAUGGUACUCAGAAUACAGCAUAAAAUAAACCUGUAUUGAUAUCGAGUUAGUUGUUUGCAGUUAGUUGGUAAAAGUGGCCAAGAGUAACGUGGGUAAUGUACACACGUCCUAUACACAGCUUCUUUCUGACUCUGCCUCUACCACGGAGUAGAAGCUACAUGCUGGGUGCACACCCCGUCUAUAUUCUUUGACACCAUAGCUGCAGAAAAAAGCAGCAGCGGAACAUCACAAUCUCACCACUAUAUUAAAAUGUCAAAAAUAGAUGCAAACACUCCUUCAUUCAAACACCAACACUAUACACAAAAGUGCACCUGCAUUUAAAAGCCAACUCUACAUACAAACUACAUUCCAAUGCAAACAUUACAAAAAGUACAUCACUGCAUCCCAUUGGCAACAGUACAUACAAAUACACUCCUACAUGCGCACACACACACUCCAUGCAAAAAUAUGAUUACAUUCAAAAGCACAAACACUGCUCACAAAUACAACCUUGCAAAUUUGGCAAAUGAUAGAUCCCCAGCAGCCAUAGCAUUGUGAGAAUGGAUGACAGAUGGGGAUCUACCUUUUGGCCACCCUUGCGCUAGAUGGGUGCCAAACAAAUUCUUGCCCACUAAAUUCACUACAUUAGUUCCCCUGCCACUGGAUACAGCUGACUUCUGUUAAGCUCUAUUCCCCCUCUACUUUGCAGUAGCAUAUUCAGCCAUACCUAUUAGAAGUACUAGCCACUCCCCUAAGCUCCUAUUUUGAUCAAAUCCAGUUAGCAUAGGUCAUCUUUGAAAACUGCGCUGUGAAGUGUUUUUCCAUUUAAUGGACUUAUGUGCCUGAAUACAAGAACUAGUGUAAUGCAUUACUUUAAGACCCAUUUCAUUCAUUAUUGGUAGAUAAUACCAUAACACAUAUUCAUAAAAUAAAUCUCUUUUUUUUUGUACAUUGUCUUCAAUAUUCUUUACAGAUACAGAUGGUUUUCAACAAAGAGUAAUACCUCCACUACCACCUCCUAAAACACCACUGAAGCCAUCUUCCCCACAGGGUCCACAGCUACCAGUGCUUCCAGAAUCAAGUAAAGAACCCGUGCAACCAAAUGUACCUCAGUAUCCUUCUAAGCCAAAAGUUCCAGAUGAACCACUGAAGCCAAAGUUACCUGAGGAAUCCGCCUAUCCAAAACCAAAACCAAUACCCUCUCAACCAGUUGCACCUUUCUUGCCAGGAUCUGUCAUCACCUUACCACUUCCUGGUAACAAUGGAAUGAUCAUAGAGAGUGGACAGGCUGGGCCUCCAGGAAAAAUAUUGAAAUCUGGAUCAGAUCGACCUCAAGGUGUAGAUGGACAACAAGACAUGCCGGUUGCAACAGGGUUUGCUGGAGCACCAGGUAAGAGAAUUCUAAAAUGUCACCAUACUUGGUUGCAUUACAGAAAUAGGAUACAAUUCAUGUGAAUAUUACUUUGUAUACCAAAUUGCACCUGCUAUAUCGUUAAAAUAAAUAACAAUAAAUAGGCCACAAAGUGAAAAUAUGAGGUGUAGGACUGGAGAUAUAAAACUGUAAGGACUCAAUCUAGUAAGAUGAGUGACUGGUGAGGUUGACGAGCACUGUGCCAAAUCACUGUGUGUAUUCAGACAUCUGUUCUUGGGUGCAACACGUCUCCAUAUUCUCAAUCUAGGCUUUAAAGUGUGGCAGAAAAGGUGUUUCUAGAACAUUACCCAUCACUGUGUUCAGAAUGGAAAUAGUAAUUGUUUAACCCCUUAAGGACCAAACUUCUGGACUAAAAGGGAAUCAUGACAUGUCACACAUGUCAUGUGUCCUAAGGGGUUAAAAAAAUAUUGCUCCCAGUCUCCAAUGGACAUGGUACAUUAUUUGUCCACAAUUGAAAUCCAGUUCACGGAUUAUCUUCCAGUGAUGACUUUUAUUAAGUGAAAAUGUUAAAUGUGCAUCUAUCACUUGUCAAUUGAAUAUUUAAUUUCCUUCCUUUUGUAGGUUAUCCCAAACCCACAGCUGCUUCACCAGGUAACUGAUUGUGUGUUAGUCCUUGUUUUAUCAUUGUCUUGAGAACCAGAUGGGCAGGAAGUUCACUAGUAAACAUGGGGAUAUAGAUGCACUAAGGGUAUACAUCUGGUAUUUUCCACCCAUUUUUCAAAUGGUUUUUUUGCAGUAAAUCAUAGAAACACAAAUGACUCGGGCCAACAGCUAUUUUCCAUAUUAAUUAUUUUAAUUGAAAAAUGAAUAAACAGCUUGCUCCCUUUAAGCACAGGCUCAUUGGAAAUGUUAAAGUGUAUGUUUCCUGCAACACAUCUAUUCACUUAUUUUUUGUACGAGGCCUCACUAAAAUGAUACUACCAUAACACUUAGUAAACCUGGCCAGUCAGUCUUGAGAGUGAUCAAAAGUGGAGGGGGCCAUAUUUUCCCCUACAAUGAAAAUCUACCUAGUGUACAUCACACUAUAUGAGCAUACCUAGCCCAUAUAAAUAUUAGAGGUGUGUUGUAUUAUCUGGAUCAGUGAUUUUUUUUCUUAACUCAUUGCAACAUGUUUUAGCAUGCAGAAUAUUUGUUUUUGUUUGCAAAACCCAGAAAGGCAGAGGUUUAUUGAUAAUCUCUCCAGUGGCGAAAAAAACUCCCUCUGCCACUUCCUGUCUAUACCUUUUGAUCAGUUGGCUCUUAUCUCUCUUCUUUAUCUCACAAAUUAAAACAAAAUAAGCAAGAAGUAAUUGUAUUUGCAAUCUAAUUAUUAUUUAUUUGUUUUCUUUUAUCUUUUCAGAGCAUCCUGAAUUACGUGUGUUUUCAGAAUCAAAAGGUAAUUUAUAUUAUUUCUACAUAUGUUAGGACUAUAUUAUAUGUUUAUUGACAUUUCUGUGGAUCCAUGAAAUUAGACAGAUGACCUAGAGUCCAAAGUGGCAAGCAAUCUUAAAGCAGGACUAUCAUUCUGAAAAUCGCACCAUUGAAUAAUACUUUGAAAUUCACCUAUAAUUUACCAGACAUCCACUAGGGGGACAUCCGGGCCAUUGGGCAACUUUUGGUUGCCUGACGCUGGAUGCCCUCAUGCUAUGCAUGAGGGCAUACAGUGGCACCUGAAUUAUAUAAUGAUUUCCUAUCGGGAAAUCCUAAUGCACGCGUGGCCAUUACAGCGCAUGCGCAUUAGAUAUCAGCCAGCAGGAAAGGAGCGGAGGCGGUACAGAGCCCACGCUGAGGGACAUCGGUGCUGGACUUAGGGAAGUGACAGAAGGAUUUUUUAGCCCCUUCUGCACCAUGCGGAGUGAGUGGGGAGGGGGUACUAUAGGGAGCUAUAGUGCCAGGAAAGCAACUUUGUUUUCCUGCCACUAUAGUUUGCCUUUAAAGAUGGAAAUCUAAAAUAUAGUUUGAUUUAAAUGCUACUUCUCCUAAUUGAAACAUGGAAUAAUCAAACAGAAAAAGUUUAUAGUCAGUCAGUUCCCUAUAUGUUGCCCUCCUACCGUUGCAGACCUAAAACUACAAAUUUUAAUUUUGCUAUGGCAGCCUACAGCUUGAGGACUUCCUGGUGGCUAACAAUGGCUCAGUAUAGUAGAAUAGCAUGACUGUAUUAAAGGCCACAGUCAAGGUUCCCUACACCCUUUAUGUCAGUAUGUCAAAUUGUAUAUGUCCUUGUAACAAAACCUGUGAUUAAUUUUGUAAAACGCUCUGGAUAAGAGCACUAUACAGGAACUGUUAAAUAACUAGAAAUACAUUUUGAAUAAACACGUUAUUCACUAAAUGGUGAAUUGUCAAGAGUUCAUUGGGAUUUCAAAUAACCGCCCAUAAUCAUAGACGUGAAAACACAGUUUGCAUAUUAGUGAAUAAUGCUGACCAUGAUAAACAGUAUGAAUUGGGUAAUACGCUUGAAGCUCCGAAUAUAUUUACUAAACAGUAAACGGAAAAACUAAAUUGCAGAUUUAGGCCCAAGUUGAUAAUUAGGAGUUGUGUUUUUUUCCUUUUCUUAAUUUUGCUGUUUAAUAUAUAAAUACAUGUAAAUUACCCUAACCAGUAAAGUAAUAGAGAAAGAUGUGGAUGAACAGCGUAAAUUAUAUUGAAAAUCCCUGAAGAGAGAAUUGGAGAUUGCUACUUAACAGUCACACAUAUUACAGCAUGUGUGUUCAAGGUUUAUGCAAAACUGUUCCAAAGGAACAUGACCCCACAUUUAUAGCAAGGUUAAAAUUUACCAUAUGGGAGUCAUGUGGUGUACUAACUAAUGUUCGCUAAGCAUAGGCCUCUAGGCAAAGAUUCUUUACAGGUUCCUGGAGAGGUCAAGAGCCCUGAUUGCCUGUAAAACUAGCCAAGUACUAAUAUAUAUAUUACAUAGAAAUAAACUUAGCCUUACGUGUAAGUUGCACCAUUGCCAGUUUUUGCAUGAUGUAUUCUUCUAUUACUGAGCUGGAUUUGGUUAAAAAGAUGUUUCAGAAAACGAUCAUCUAAGUCUCACAUAAGGUGUGUUUUUAUAUGUUUGUAUGAAUAUAUAUUAUUAUAGAAAAUGUUAUUUCAACGGGCAGUUAAUCUUUUCAGGCCCCGCACUGCGCAGUGGAUGAUAUUAUGCGUUCAUUACUUACGUAAUGCACACUUUCAUUGAUGCAGUGCAGUGCUGGACCAUGUAUUUCUUGGUCUGCCUGAAACUAAUAGGCGUUAUACUCCAGGGCAACAGCUACUUUUGCUGAUAGAAACCAUUCAAUUCAGACUUCUCAGCUCCUCUCUGCACAGGGAGAAGGACUGAGUAAAGGGCAAACCACAUGCAUGUGUGCAAUGAGUGUGUAUGUUUUGCAGUGAUAGGUGGUGAAAAUAGGAUGGUGGUGGUCUGUAUGAGUCUCCUUUAUUCUCAUUUGUCCUCCAUUAUUUUUCCAACCUGCCAACCUUCCCUAAACAGUGUCCCUUCCCACCACCCAAUUCCUUAUUUCUACCCUUCCAUCAUUCGUCUCCUUAUUUUUUUCUUAAUUAUUAUUUAAUAAUUUUCAAUUCUGUUUGUUAGGUUACUUUGCAUCAACUUCGCAAAUGAUAUCCUUUUCCGCUGGAUUAAGUGAUCAUUUAAUUUCUGAUGACGUUGGAAUUAUUCGUUUUAACAAAGUCUUGGUAAAUGAUGGAGAGCAUUACAAUCCAUCAACAGGUAAUGUACCAGUGUUGAGUAGAACAGCCUUUAAUGUCAGUUGCUAAAUUGUGGGAUUGUCACACUUCUACCCUUCCAUGACACAUGGCAUUCCUUUUUAGUUGUUCUUGUGCAAACAAUUGAAAAAAUGCAUUGAUAAAAAUUGUGUGUUCUUUCUAUACAUUUGGUAAUAUCAUCAAUACAGUUUAUUUUUAUGUGUAUAUUGACUGUGGCAUUCACAUUUUUUGCCGAUUAGUCCCUUUAAUAAUUAAUAGCUAAUAAUACAAUAGUUUUUCAAUAGCCAUUUCCAGCGGAAGUGGUAGAAGUUAACACAGUGAGGGAGUUUAAGCAUGUGUGGGAUAGGCAUAAGGCUAUUCUAGACUUAAGAUAAGGCCAGGGACUAAUUAAAAGUAUUUCAAAUUAUUGGGCAGACUAGAUGGGCCGAAUGGCUCUUAUCUGCCGUCACAUUCUAUGUUUAUAUGUUUCUAUUAGCUAAAAGGAUUCCAGAAUAACAAUACAUAUCUUGAUGAGCUGAAGUCCUCAGUAUGUAUAGGUGGGAGUUGACUUUUUAAGUAAAACAAACCAAAAAUAAACAGUAAAAUAGACCACUAGACUGGGAAUUGUGGAGAAUUUAUAAAAUGUCAAACUGUGGUCUAAAACUACAGACCUGGGAAUUUUUACAACUUGCUUAUUUGGACCAAAUUAUUGUAAUUCUCUUCUCCACAAUUUCUAGUUUAUUGAAUAAAUGUUACAAGUUCUCAUGGCUUACCAUUCCCCCCGCAAAAAAUUAAGGUAACAUUUGCAACAAUUCUUUUGAGGAACGUAUACUUCCCAUAAAUAUAAUAGUAUUUUUUUUUUUAGAUGGAAGGAAAUGCAGUGAAUGCAAAUUUAUAAAGUACAGAGUGUACAUAAUGGCCAUUGAUAUACUAUUAUAGUACAUUGCACAGAUCGUAAAAAUAGAAAAUCAUUUGUUUUUGAACAAUAAUUUUCUAGAUAACAAAUUGAUUCACAUAUUUAACCUCAUACGGAACAAAUGUUACUCUUUGCACUCAUCAUUAUCCGAUGCUUCCUAAACAAUUUAUGCCAGCAUGGAAUGCCUUGCUUAUUUAAUUUUGGGAGCUCAGUUGAGUUAGGCAUUUUUUUAAAUGACUGGUCAAUCCCUUUUGGAAUAGGAUCUUUAAAUUACUGUUUGCUAUGACAACACUGUCAUUAGUCCUAAAGUGGCUAAAUGUCAAUAUUGAGUUGCCGAGACAAGAUUUUUUAAAUUUGCAUAUGUGGUCUCCCACCACCACAUGCCAUGUAUAUUUUACAAUUAAAAGCAUGAUGCAUUAAAGGAAAGCAUGCAGUCUUUCUGUGAACUUCAGUCGUUUUAUUACUCUUGCUUUUAUGAGAUUACAUCCUUUUUCUCUCUAAUAAAUUUAAGUUACAGGGAGCAUGUUUGUUAAUCUAAACCACAGGCCUUUGUUGAGAUAACAUGUUGAAAUCAUUCUUCUUUGUAGGCAAUAAAAAGCUUGUCUCGCAUAUUAGGGAGUGUCCUUCAUUAGUAGCCAAGAGGGCUUGCAAAGAUAUAAGCGCCACUUUUAUGGAAAGAAUUAACAUCAUAGCUAUUGCCACAUGGCUUUAAUGACCGCAAGAUGCUGUUUAGCAAGCGUAUAGGUAUUGCAUAUAAUCUUAGCCAUUAAUCACCAUAUGGUUCAUUUUUAGUAAAUCAAAUUGUAUUCAGCUGUCCCAUCAUUACAAUUCGGUAAUUCGAUUUUGUUUUAAGUAAAUCCUUGAUGUAAUUUUUGUGUUCCGUAUAGCUUGCAUUUCGUGGCUCUAUUUUUGUUAAUUUUCUUCUCCGUACAUAACCAAGAGUACAGCCCUAAUUUUUAAAGCGUUAAUUCAAAUAUCCCAAAUGCGUAGGGGCUCUACUUUGAAUCUUCACUCUCAUCCACUAAAUAGUUAAUCGUUUGAAUAAUCUCUGGCUCAAGCAAUUUCAGAAGUUACCAAGUAUGGUAGGCCAUUAUUUUUUCCUUCUUUUCUAACAAAAAAUAAAUAAAAAUAAGUUUUUAAAACCUGCAUAUCUUUCCUUGAGAAGAAUUUGCAAGAUUCUUCUAAAGCUAAGUGAGCAGCCUGGCUGUGACCCCAUACUUGUGCUAUCACCUUCACUAAGAGUCAUGCUUUCUUUCUGUAGAACAAAACUAAACUAUACCUACAGCGAGAAAAGGCAGAUUGAUGCUCCAAAUAACAAUUUUCUGUAUUAUAAAUACUGUGUAUGGAACAGUGUCUGAAUUAUUACUGCCAUUUAUAUAGCUCCAACUAACUUUGCAGCUCUUUACAAUAUUAUAAAGAGGACAAUUUAACAAUUGGUUAAUUAGGACCCUGCUCAAAAGAUCUUCCAAUUGAAUCUAUUUCCUCUGUAUUCUAUAUUCUAUUAGUCCCAUUUUAAAACAAUCCUUGCAUGCAAGUCAAAUAAAACAAACUAGGUAAACUCCUUUUAAUGGAAUUAGGAAGUUAAUAGGAUCUGUACAUCUGUGUCUAAUAGUAUAUUCUGUUCCAUAUGACGCGUUUUAAUGCAUGAAUGGUAGAAUGCAUAUAAAAGUUCAUGGAAGCUGUAACAUCAGUAGCAUAUCAAAUAAUUGUCACUCACUUGCAAUUCCUGAUGUUACUGAUGAGGUCCAUAAAUGGGAGUAUUUUUUAUUUAGAGUCUCUUUGCUGAGAGAGAAAACAAAAGUAUCCUUUGCUUGAGAGUACAGCUCUUUCCUUCAUCUAUUGAGAAGUGGGAGUUUAACAUGCGGGAACACUUAGCAGGACAUUAGAGCAUGAGUCAUUGAUUAUUUCACUGAAUUCCAGCUGACUGUGUCAAUGUACAGUAACAACUAUUGCUUGCUCACUCGUUAAUGCAGAUGUCCUGCUGUAUGCGUCUGUUACCUUGAGGGUACGAGCACAAUACAUCUGUAUGUCUGCUGCGCUUAGAACAUUAAAGAAGAUGAAAUUCGUAUUGAAGGGAUGGAACGUAUAUGAUAGGACCCAGUUAUUAUUUAAAAAAAAAUAUUCACGGGGAAAAACUCAUCGCUUGUAGAAUUCGAUGUAUUCCAUAUGUGGCUGUAGACUGAAUAAUGCAUAAUCUUAACCUCCAAAAACUGGAUUCUAGAAAACUUGUCAUCUGAGAUUAUUACAGCUGUGCUGAAGAUAUGCCAAAAUAAUACUUCCCUGUUGAGAGUAUAUAUGCGUUCUGCAACAAAGAAAGGCAACCACUCAUCUAAAGAAGCAUAUGUCUAUAGGGUGCAGGCAAACAUAACUAAACAUGUACAACUGGAUGGGGGUAGAGAGAAAGUUCACGACAAGAAAUUGCAAAGAAAUGCCUUUUUCAGGGUUUUUAAUGGCCCAGAAGAGACUACACACAAAAAGUAGAAUCUACUAGCAAUAUAAAGUAUAUAAGUGUCAAUAGAACCUAGGCUGAGAAGUAGGUGGGAAAGAGUUGGUGUAGACAAAGGGGGAGACAAGACAGGGUGAGUUUAACUGAUUAAUUAGCUACCUCUCUGAAAAACUAGUUUAUAAGGACUGAAAUGAGGGUGAAAAUCAAAUGAUAUGGGAGACAAUAUUCUGCAAAUGUCAAGAAGACAGAAGCCAUUAAUUGACGCACCUGAAGGCCGAAACCUAGAGCAGUGAUAAAGAGAUAAAAGUAGAUGUAAGAAGAGUUUUAAGUAAUCAUAAUAGGCUUGUUGGUUACAUAUAAUAUAAUAUGUAAGAAGGUAAUCUUAGCUUAUGAAUGACCAAUGAGUAACUGCUUGCCAUAUUAGUUGACAUAUAGUCAGAACCAGGGCUUAAUUGUCUUAAGUGACUUAAAGUGAUGGGAAAGGUUGAAUAUAAUAUGCAUUUUCUAAAUUGAAUGUGUAAUUAUAUUGUAAAUAAAUGAGUCCCAACCUCUUAACAGCUGUCAUUCAAAUGUACCAUGCAGAAAGAAAACAAAAAGAUUGUAAAGAACAAAACUGCCUUAGGAUAGUUUUCUUACUUGCCUAUGGGAUUAGGUGCAGAGGAAAGGGAAUGUUGGAAACAAAACAAAAGAGAGAUAAUUAAGUAAACGGAUCAGAAUGUGAGCGAAAAUUAAAUGGUGAAGGAAUACAUUUAAAGGGACACUCUAGGCGCUGUAACUGCUUCAUCUCAUUGAAGUGGUUGUAGUGUCUGGAGUCCCCUGGCACUGUCCUUCCAUUCAGCAUUAAACUGUUUUUAAUGUUUUAACUAAACAUGAGUUCCACGCAAUCCAUUUCCUCUCUGCUCGAUCUAACGAAGAAGCAUUAACCUAAGCAGCAGUGGGCAGUUGUGAUUGGCUGUGAGUGUCAACUGACCACUUUCAGCCUAUCGCAGUGGCCAUGCAGGUAUGAAUCUGUAUGGCUAGAAGGGAGUGUGUAAUUUCUGCAGUGGAGGUGGUGCUAUGGGAAGUCAGGGACCUUGCCCCUGGAGAGACAGUGCAAGUGGACUCCAGGCACUAUAACCAAUUCAAUGAAAUGGUUAUAGUGCCUACAGUGUCCCUUUAACCAUGACAACCAGACCUUCAGACAGGAUGGUAAGUGUAGUGAAGUGUAGAAGUAAUCUUAUAACCAGUAUGCAUCGAAUGUGAAAAAAUACUUCCUCAUAGGUGGGUUGUAUUGCUUAAAGAUUAUCAGAUUAGUAGGUUAAGGGGGUUGAAGCAGUUUAUAAUCAUGGUUCAACAUGAUAGACCACUGGUCAUAUCAAAGUUGAGAAAUGAAUAGAAUAGAAUUCAAUGUCUGGAACACUGUCAUCCAGAGUCCUUGGACAUCCUUGUCCUGUAUGCUAUAUUUUCAAUGUUCCAAAUGUAUAAAAACUCUAGCAUAAACAGUCUCAAAAGUAUUUGUCAAGGAUGUAAAGAUCUCUUUAAAAUGAAUGGCAGUAAACAACAUACGCUCUUGUUGUUUCCAGUCAUUGGCAGGUAAACAAAAUUAGACCAGUAGUAGUAUAAGCAUUCCAUUUAUCUGUGGAUAUAUUGCUCAACAUGUGAAUAGCUGCUGUUUCAUCAACAUGAAAUCACAAGAUGCGAGAGAGAACCUAUUUAUCUGUUCAAUGAAUAAGAUUGUUGUUCGGGUUCCAUGAAGUACACAGGCACAUAAACAGCAGUUUGAAAGCAUAUCUAAGGAAUUGGUGAAUGGUUUAACUGUUGAAUCGCUGUAUUAUUUAGGAAAUAGUUUGGAUAUAUAUAUAUAUAUGUAUGUGUAUUUAUGUGUAUAUAUAUAUAUGUGUGUGUGUGUGUAUGUAUGUAUGUAUGUAUGUAUGUAUAUAUAUAUAUAUAUAUAUAUAUAUAUAUAUAUAUAUAUACACACACACACACUUUCAAUAUAUAAAGAUACCGAAUCGAUGACUAUAUUAUAAUGUAACACAAAACACAUAAAACCAAAGGUGUUGACCUCACCUAUACAUGCAUACAUUAUAGGGUGCUGAACAACAUCUCUGCUGCUUGAGCUAAUGCUACUGCAUUAGCUAGAAUAGUGAUGGGCAACAGUGAUAGCCACCCGUUAUUGGAAUGAGCUGGUAUGGCUAAUGCAAAGCAAAGUGUAACUCCACCUUAGCCAUACCUUCAAUGGGGGCUGAGCAGCAGUUGACCAAGGAUCUCAUUUAGUGUAAAGCCAAUCAAAAACUGUUUACCAUGGGAUGGUGCUAAGGUACUCCAGUCUUGAUAACGUCAACUAGAUGAGUUGGUUCUGGUGCCUAUAGCAUGUCUUUUUCAUCAAUGAAAUUACUAAAUUUUAAUUUUUUGUAUCUUAAUUUAUGGAUUAAUUAUCUCAAUAGGUUAGAAAAAUGUUUCGAUAUAUGUACAAAAUUUUCCAUAGAUUCUAAUGAUGACUUCUGUAGAUAAAUUAUUUCAAAGGAUUUCUAACCCAUUGUGAUCAUUUGAAAAGUCUAUCUAAAAGAAUUAGAGUCCCGUCUGAAAUGCUAGCAUAGCAAGGAACCACCAUUUUUGUAAUAAACAGUAGGUGUAACUAAAGUAGUUAAAGUCUGUUAAAUAGUUUAUGGAAUUUUAAACGAUCUUGAUCACUUUUCUGGGAAUGCAGCUUUAUAAAAAAAAAAAAAAAGUCCUAACUGCACAUAAAAUAAUAUUUCCAUAUAUACCUAAAGGUUACACUGAGUAUGUUCCAUAGGGCAUUGCAGGCUGUUGUUUCAACUUGCAACAACUGACCUCCCCCUUCUAGACUGCUUGAAUGCAGACAAAAAGUUAGCCAUACAAAGACAGAUUCACUGUGGUGUGAGACAACAUUUACAGUCCAAGCAGAAUGACCGAAUGCAGCUCUGGCAGGGAAAAUUCAUUUAUUUGUAAAAUAAAAUCAGCCUCGGUAAGUGGGAAGGUAAAUGGUGCUUUAUGGGAUAACUUGAGUUCUGACUACAUUGGAAUUUUAAAUGUGUGCACACACUAUUGGGAGGCACGCUAGUAAAGACUGGACUGGGGACAACUUGGAAGUGCUGGGAACAGCUCAACCCCUAUUGUAGAAUUGACAUCUUAUUUAUAAAGCAAUCUCACGAUUUUGUGAAUAGACACAAUAUGCAUACAAGCAUUUUUCAUGGAGUACUAUAAAUUGUAAUUUGCACCCCUAAGUGAUUCAUUGCACAUUUAUUAAUUAUUUUUUUUUUUUAUACUAAAGGCAUCUUCACAGCUCCUGUUGCUGGACGUUACAUGAUCUCAGCAGUUCUUACUUCAGCACACAAUGUUCAUUUGGAAGCAAUCUUGUCUGUGUCCAACGUCAGUAUAGCACAGAUGGACACAUCCGGCUACAGAAAAGAGCUUUUGGAAUAUCACAGACCAAGUUCAAGACAGACUUGCGGUGGGGCCGGAACAUUUAAUCUUAUUCUACACCUGAAUGUCGGAGAUGAAGUCAGCAUAGUGCUAACAGGAGGCAACCUUGCCCAUUCAGACUUAGAUGAAAUGUUUUCUACAUUUAGUGGCACAUUUUUAUAUCCAUAUUCUUCCCACAGCUAACGUGAUAUCAAAUUGAGAGACUUUCCGAAAAUAUACUGAAUGUAAUUCAUAUUGAAGGGUUAUUGUAUACUUUUUACAACUGCUAUUUUCUUCAUUUGUGAGCAAGUUUAGAACAUAUUCCAUACCUGAUCAUUCUUUCACUAUGCUAAGAAAUGUUUUCCUUUCAAUUUUCACCAAAUCUUUUUCUGAACACUUCUACAAAAACAAUUGUGCACGUAAUAAUUCUUGAUCUUACAUUAUUUCCACAACUUUUUUUUUCUAAUGUCAUUUUAUAUUACCCUGCAUCUGUUAUCCUAGGUUUCAAAAUGUAAUACUUAGUAUAUGAUUUGCAUUUAUCACUAUUUAAUUUGGGUGCUCUGUUUUAAACAGCUGUUAAUUAUUCAAAAACUAGAAGUGCCUUUUUCAUUCUACGGUGCCUCUCUUUUGAUGGCAUUAUACAUCAGAUUUUCCUGGGCUCCACAAAUUUUUAAAUUUAGGAAGACAACUAGCUUGUGUUCAUGACCCAGCAGUUGUGUUUGUUAAAGAAAUUUCCAGGGUCUCUCUCAGAUUGUGUUCUCCGUAUGAAUGUUUAUGUAUAAGAGAAAUUACGAGUUAAGCAAACUGUAAACUAGGUCAGGGGUGGACAAAACUGUAGAUUCACCCAGAUGUUGUAGAACUACAGCUCCUUUGAUGUUUUGCAACCUUGAGACAGAUAGGGGAACUACCUUUUUGCCAUCCCAUUAGCGUAAUAAAAUAUGAACAUCCAGCUGUUGCUAAAACUAAUAAUUGAAAUGUUUAUGGGAGUCAAAAUUCACUAACAACUGGAGAUGCUUAUUUUCCUUGAGUGUUCUCUGACUUCUGCUCAUUGUACCCCAUGUAGGGAUGAGAAUAUCCAAAAAUGCACGUAUGGCAUUGUUUGUGCUGUAUGACUUGUCAAAUAUUUACUGUCUACAGGAAAAAACAUUUACUGUAAAGGAGUAAUUGCCAUAGCUACACUGUACAGUUAUGUAACUAUAAUUACUUCGAUAUUUUAAAAUACUUUUUUUUUUUUUAAUCCUAUAUACCAUUGCAAUGAUAAACUAUUGGUGAUUAUUUUUUUUAUAUUGAAUGUAUUUUAUUAAAUAAUUUUAAUAUUUUUAUUACAUUUUAAAAUAAUGGGAAAACUUAAAUUCAUCGGAAAGUCAAAAUACACAAUAUUCAAAAUUGCCAUAUUCCCAGUGUAAAAAAAAAAAAGAACGGAAAGCCUUACCCCUAUGGGUUUCCAGAUGUUCUUCCUGUAUUAUUCGUCAUGCUGAUGGGCAAUAUAUUAAAAGAGCUGCCCUCGGUAUGUAGCAUUCUGAUGCUAGGAAAUAAGCAAGGACAAAGAUCAAAGCACUUCCUUUGGGAAUUCUCCUUUGCUACUUUAUGGAUUACUGUUAUGCAGCACACUAAUUCUUCAUACUCCAAGGAAGCACUUACAAGCACUACUCUACAGUAUGCUGCAGUGAUAUCUGUCCAAAACACUGCAGAUCACUCAAUCCUACCUUCUCACAAUGCACCAAAUGUGUCCGUUAUCGUAGAGACUUAACUAUAAUGUUAUACUUCACCUUUAAGAAACAAAAUCCACGAACACUAAAAAAAAAGUUACUAUAGCGGAGAGAUAACUAUCUAUACUGAAUAUUUAUUUGAGCUAAUAUUUAGUCACUUUAAUAAACAUACAUACAUACACACACCCACACACACUUUCCUACUAAUGCUUUUGAUAACAUUUAAAAAAAAAUCUUAACUGUGACUGUUACUUUGAGGACUACAAGCAAAGAAAAUUGACUAGUUCCUGCCUUCCUCUUCUAUCCCCAUUAAUAAAUAUUACCAUAUCUUGUUGAAGGUUAGAUGCCGGAGGCCAUUUCAAUUCUGAUUUAGUCAAUGGCUAUACAACCCGAUAAACAAGCAAACUUCUUUAUCCUCAGUUUGAUUCGUUUUUCUUUAGCCACUUUAUUGUAUGUGUGAGUGUCUUCCACUGACUCAACUUCAGCAUCCCAUGUCACUAUAAUCAUUUCUUUGUGCAUUUCUUAUUGGAGUUUGAGAAUAAGAUGCUUUUGUUAAAAUUAUGUAAUAAGAGUAGACACCACAGCAAUGUUCCUCUCUAUGUAUAUUUUGUCCUCAUUCUGACAACUUUCAUUAUUGUUUUCCCAAACAUUUAAAGUUCUUUUUUUUUAUUUAAAAAAAAUAAACUAUUUAAAUUAUCACCCAAUAAAAUUUUAAAUAAAUUAUAUUAUGUAUGAG